GGGGAAGCCUGUUUCCUUUUGCUUUCCUUUAUUUAUUUUCCUCCAGCACGGCGGCACCGCCGCACCCCUCUUAAGAGCCUUACGCUACAGGGCGGCGCUGUUUUAUCGCCCGGGAGAUCAGCCCGGCUACGGCUGCCGGCGGGGUUGUGCAUGCGCCUUCGCGGGCGCGCGGAUGCAUUUGGAGCAGGAGCAGCAGCGGCGGCGGCAGGAGGGAUUUGGAUAGCUUAGGCGCCCUGCAGAAAGGCGUCCUCUUUGUGGGUGGGCUCUCCCCCCUCCCUUAGCGCAUCGUAUUUAGUUGGGGAUUCUGGAGAGGGGGGCGGGGGCGCGCUGGCCCCGAGCGGAACAGACGUGCCGUCGUGCCCACCUCCCUCUCCUCAGUAGCUCCGAGCGGAGUGACUGAGGGGCGGGGGACGCGGCCAGCGGCGUCCUCUCUCUCUCCCCCCCCCCGCCUCCCAGCACCGCUUUUCCCCAGGCGGGCGCACGCCUAAGGCUGAAUGGAAGCAGCCUGGAGGCUUGGCGGCCUCUCAGCGGCUCAUGACGGGCGUCCCCGAGGCGGGAGGUGCUGAGCAGGGGCUCUGCGAGAGGGCGCGAGGGAUGCGUGGUGGUGCCUGCGCGCGCGUGACUUAAGAGGGCGACCUGCUGCCUCUCCUCUCUCCCCCUCCCGCCCCUCAUGGGCACGGAGUCCCCGGCACAGCUUGGCGCUACUACAGCUACAGCUGCUGCUGCUCCUGCUUGGAUGAAGACGGCUGCUUCCUCCUAACGCCCAGCCUCUGAGGGACCGCAGUCUCCCGCCCUCUUUUUUUUUUUUGGCGGGAUGCUGAGGUAAAGGAUCCCCUCGCGCGCGUGCGGAGGCUUAAGGUGGGGAGUGGAGGGGGUGUCGCUUGCGAGGGGAGGGUUUAUAUUGUACUGGGCUGCGGUGUGGGCGACACGGCUCUCCAAUGGCCAGCCCGCGGAGGAACAUUGAGUUGGAGCAUUUCGAGGAGAGGGACAAAAGGCAGCAGCGCUCGAGCUCCCGCCGCGGCGGAGGGGGCAGCUCCACUUGCAGCAGCAGCUCGGGCCCCAAAGGGAACGGGCUCAUCCCCAGCCCCGCGCACAGCGCCCACUGCAGCUUCUACCGCACGCGCACCUUGCAGGCCCUCAGCUCCGAGAAGAAGGCGAAGAAGGCGCGCUUCUACCGCAAUGGAGACAAGUACUUCAAGGGCUUGGUCUACCCCAUCUCCAGCGACCGCUUCCGCUCCUUCGACGCCCUCCUGGUCGAGCUCACCAGGUCUCUGUCGGACAAUGUCAACCUUCCCCAGGGCGUCCGCACCAUCUACACCAUCGACGGCAGCCGGAAACUCUCCAACCUGGACGAGCUGGUGGACGGUAAGCAGGAGCACGAAACACCUGCGCCCAAGUGGGGCGGGGAAGACCUACUCGAUCGUCAGGGGGCGUUUUCACAAGUGUCUCCAACAGAUCUCUUGCUGUUACCCACGAUUUCUGGAUGAUGUCACCCUGUUCCAGCUGAUGCUCAUUUGCCUCUGUUAAUGAGCGAGGCUGCUCUCUGGCUCAGAGGUUCCCAUGCUUGCACACACCCACUCGAUCUGGAUAGGCACUCCUGCUCUUGAAUGGCCUGGCAUGUAUGCAGCUAUAAAUGGUCAUCAGGUGAUCUGCAGCAGGCUCCUUAGCUGAGAAGGCAUAAAAGAGCUGAAAAAUAACCCCACCUUUCCCAUACAGCACUCCCUUGAUCUAAAAUUUGAAUGCCUGUGUGUUUAAAAGGUCACCAGAGCAAUGCAGGUGUGUGUAGAGAUGGAGAAAAACGAGCUUAGUAUCACUUGUGAAAACAGCUGGGGUCUAAAAAAAAACAAGUGUUGGAAAUCUCGUGUAUGGUUUAUGUAUAUAUGCAUAGUAUAGUCAACAUUACUAGUUUUGCAUGUUGCACAAAUAGUAAUUGCAGGCUUCAAAGCAAAUUAAAUUUCAGAAUUAACUGCUGAUCCCUAAACUCAUUCCCUUCCAGUACCAUCAUUUAUUUUUUCUCAUUUUUAUUUACACACAGUGCACAUUGGACCUUUUUAAAGGACCGAUACAAGUAGAUACAUAUUGUUUUAGGAAAGCUUGUUGAGCAAGAGGCUACAAAUGUAUAUGAAAUAUAUUUGGUGAUGGGCAGGGAAAGGUCAUUGUAAUUCUAUGUAGCAUGAAGUAGGUAAAAUGGUUAUUUGGUACCUCAUUCUCAUUUUGCUACUUUGUAUAUGGAACUGCAAAACAUAGCAAAAACAUAUGGAUGCCUUGUUUAUAUUCUGGUUCCAAAGGGAAUUAGGAAGGUAAUGUCCAAUUUAUAUACGGAGUCCAAAGCUACACACUUGUAUGUUGAUCCUUGCAGUACAUUUAUGCAGCUUUCUAUAUACCCAUAAGGCUUCCCAUGUAUGAAACCAAUGACAUCAAAACUGACCAUUACUGUGCAAAUCAAAUAUGCAAGCUUUUGGCCUAGGCAAGAUUCUUCUUCUGGAAAGUAUGCUCAAGGGCCUCAUGCACUGUAUAGAAUAAAGGCUUUCAGAUUUAAAACUAAACAACACCUGGAAUUGGUGAACUAAAAGUCAGUAUCAAAUUAUCUUGUACCAGUUUGGCAGCGACAUUGUUAGUUUAUCAUUGUUGAUGACUCAGUUGCCAUAGUACUCUGUAAAGUGCACAUCUCCUAUUUUAUAGCUAUUAGAGAUUGAGCUGCUACAGCUAUGUUUUUUACAAUAUGAUUAUAAAUAAAUAUAAUUAUAAUAUAAUUUUAAAGUAUGAUUCUGACAUGCCCAAAUAAGGAUGCAGGCAAUGGACAUGCAAUCCACCUCUAUGUUCCUCAGGUCCUUAACUAUGAAUAAUUUUUGGAUUUCAAAGUAGGGCUUUUUUCUCAUCAUGUUGCCCAUAUAACUUCAUUGUAGUCCAUUGGUCAGAAAAAUGGACAGCAGUCUGUUGGUGCUUGCAUCUAUCAAUUAAAGGGCAACAGCAUGGCCAUGGGGGAGAUGGGCUGCAGAACUAUGACCUACUCAAAAGUACAGUGAUGGCCAAUGGGGGUCCCUGGCCGUCUGUUUGACAAACACUGCUCUAAUGUAACUGAGUAAGCAGUCUGCAUAACUAUGGUGAAAGGCGGUGUGUUUGGAGAUUUAUAAAGGGAAAUCAGAUGCAAGUGACAAGAUUGCUGCCUAAUAACUGGAAAGGUCCGCCUACUCUUCAAUUCUUGAACUCCUACAUCAUUCUCUUCCUUUCUUGCUUUUGCUGAGCUCUCACCUUGGAAGCUUGCUCAAACAAACACUAUACAGGUAUUUCUUUGCUUGAACAAUUGGCUAGUAAAACAUUUUGUUUCAACUCUAGAAAUGACAGUCAGAAUUUUGAUUGUGUUCCAAGAGCCUUUAUAAUUUGGGAAGACUUUUUAAAAAAAAAAUGCAAUCCCAUGCAUGGUUACUCAAAAGUAAGACCCACUAAGACCAAUGUAAUUGUAUUUAGGAUUGUGGUCUUAGCGCAUUACUAAAGGUAGAUUACCCUUUCUGCAUGGGGGAUUUUACUCUUACUUAUGAGGAAUGACUACAAAACUUAAAAACUAACCAAUUUAUUAUGGCAUAAAUUUUAGUGGACUGCACUCUUUUUCAUCAGACGCAUGAAGUGUUACCUUGAGUCAAAGAGGUGUGUGUAGAUCUAUCAGAUGGGGUCAGCUGAGCUGAGUAGUUAAUGUGUGUAAUCGGGGGAUGUGUACAUUAAUCAUGCCACGUGGAGAAUGUACAAAUAGUCUGUCCAUUAAAAGUAAAUUAUGCACAUUUCCCAGUCAAUAUACACAGUCUCCAACAGGCCUUGGGGAAUGUGCAUAAUGUGAGAGCAUUUUGUGCAUUCUCUGGGCAAUAUGCUCAUUCGCCAGUCAAGAUAUAUACUCUUCAAGAAGCAUGCUGUUUGCUCAUAUACAGUCAUAUACAGUCUGGAUAUAGAUGGAUGCUCUGUUCGUGUGUAUAUGUAUAUAUACACACACAUGCAUGCAUGCACGCUAGGGGCUGUGCCCCUACUCUCUCUUAUUCCCCCGCCACUCCUUCCACAUUAACCCCCUAGAGCCUCCCCUUUUGACUCCAUGCAACUACUGAGCUCCCUUUUCACCUUCCCAACCCCAUUCUGCAGCCCCCUUUGCACAAACACCAUUAUCACAUCCAUCCCCUUUUACCCACCUACGUCCUCCUUCCUUUUUAAACUUUCCCUUGCACUUGGUCCACCCCGUACUCCUUUUCUGUAGCAGCCCUUUACACACACACACACCCUGGAGCGAUACAUGUCACUGUAUCUUUAAGAUGAACAGAAUAUCGAAAGCAAGCCUGUCAACUGACUUGUUCAAGUAGAGAAGGCCGAGUUCAGUUGUUGGAUGUUGUUCCUAGAUGAGUGUGUUUGUUAAAAACUUCAUAUUGAAUAUGACACAUAAUACCAGGAGUAAAAUACAAUGCGUGAAAUUGUAUUUCUACUGUCGUUUUAAGCCAUCACUUUCCCCUUCUCAGUGACCCUCGCUUCUUACUCCUAUUCCACAGCCUCUGCUGUUGUUCCAACACACCUUCUCUCUCGCUUCCCUACCCCGCCCCAACUUCAUGCAAAUUGAGGGUUGUGAUGAGGUAUGACAAAUCCUCCAAUGGAGACUACACUCUUGACUACAUGCAAAUCAAGGAUUGUGAUGCAGCACUACAAAUCCUCCAGUGCAGUUACAUUUUUAUUAUGUGUAAGAUGUAUGAGCAAGUGCGUGUAAACGGAGUCCCACUAUGAAUGCAGAUGUGACUGUAUCUGCAACCCUGUUUCUUUUUCAUCACUGCUUAGAAGGAGAGAGGAGGGUCAAAUCUUUCCCCACCUCUCUCAGCAGGAACAGCUGCACAAUGUUUUAGGUCAGCAGGAAGGCACACUACGAGUAACACAGAGUUAGAUGGUUGACUGCCUUCCAGCAACAGGUUGCCUACUUCUGAGUAGGGCUGGGCGAUAUUUCAAUAUAUCAUCCAAAACUGGUUUGAAGUUCACAUCGUGCUAAUUGUUUCAUAAUAUUUGAGCUGGCAAUAUAUCGCGAAUCACAAUGUGUGUAAGGGCUAGGUGAUAUCUGGUUUCCAACAUCAAAAUAACUCACCAGCUAAAGUUUGCGAUAACCCACCAACUAAACACUGCAAUGUUAUCAGCAGCUAAACCUCACAAUAUUACCAGCUAAAUAUUGCAAUCAACCACAAUGUCAGAAAUAAGGAUGAAGCUAUACAGAGGCGAACAGGACAAUGUCCUGGCAACUGCUACUACUUAGGGGUCUAAAUGGAUAAAUGACAAUAUUAUUAAUCAUCACACACUCAGUUUCAUCAGCAGGCAAGUAAAAAUGCAUCCCAAGAGGACUUUUGGUUUUGAGCUUGGCUACCAAAUGGUGGUAUUCAGGACAGUCCAAAGUACGGAGACGAGUCAUAGUGAAUACAAAUAAUCUGGGACUGCCAGACUGCCAGCAGCCCUGCUAGGUAGCAGAAGCAGCUUGGCGGCAGCAGAAUCAACAAUGGCCAGGGUGGGAGGCAGAAGCAGUAGCAGCCUGGCAGCAGUGGCACAAUAAUCAGCAGCCUGUGAAGCCUUGCCACAGCAGUGGGCGGCGGCAGAAGCAGCAGCAGCCUAAGAGGCCUUGUCUUGGUGGUGGCUUACAAGGCCCUGUGGUAGUGGCAAAAGCAGUGACAGCCUGCAAGGCCUUGUAAUGGUGUUGUCAGUAGUGGUGGCCUGUGCGGCCUUGCGAUGGUGGCAGGUACUUUGUCCUCAAUACCACCAUUUGGUAGCUAAGCCCGAAACCAAAAGUCACAUUUGGAUGCAUUUUGGCUUGCCUGCUGCUGAAAGUGACCACAAGAUGAUUGAUAAUAUCAUCAUUUAUCAGUUUUAGACCCUUAAGUAGUAGCGGUUGCCAGGACAUUGUCCUGUUCACCUCUGUGUAGUUCCUUCCUUAUUUCAGAUAUCGUGAUAUAUUGCAAUGUUGAAAACCAGCCCUACUUCUGAGCUAGAGAUAGAAGCAAAGGGUGCAUUUCUUGAAAAUAAUAUGCACAUUCUUCAACAAUAGUUGCGGAACAUGUAUAUUGACAAUAAAACAUGCAUAAUUUUCUCCUCAUGGACAGAUUAUGUCGCAUUCCAUGAGGUGUACUGAAUGUACACAAUGACCAUUUGUAAGGCACAUUAACCACUCAACUCACAUCUAAUCUAAUGUACAUAUUUAUCUGCAAAUAGAAUAUUUGCAAUAAAAGUACCUUCCUUUAUAUUUUACUCUAAUGGUUGCAAUGGUAAAGCAAUCACUUCGUCUUUUUUAUAGUUAACUUUAACAUGUUGCAAUUGGAUAUUGUCAUAAUAAGUUGAAUAGGUUAGAAAGAAUGUGCAACAAUGCCUUUUCAUUCCAGAUACUGUGAUCCUCACUUCCUACGUGGAUUGUUAGUGAUUUUCUUUAUAUGCAGAUUUUGAUUCAACUUCUACUCUUGUAUCCUAUCCCUAAGUGGUUCUUUUGGGCAAAGGGGCAAUUUCCCAAGUUAUGAGAUAUCUCUGAUAACCUAAGAAGAUGCCAUGUUGAUUUCAUGUCUCAGUCUUUAUUCACUAGUACUAUGAUCUGCCAAUAUACUUGGCAUCUGUAGAGACACCAAAUGCAUGGAUGAACGCCAUUAAAAACAGGCAUAUUGAUAAGCCAUAUGGGGAAAUUUCUUUUCUCUAAUGAGUAGUAGUACUAUGAAGCAUUAUUUCAUAUUUUAACAAGAAAAGGUUGCUCUGAUACUCAUUAGUCAAGAGGAGGGUGGGAAAAAACUUUGAGACCAAUUAAAUACUUACUAUUAGACUGACAGAUUUGGCAUAUUGUCACGCACAACUUGUGCACAUCAUUAAUUCAUAUUCAGAUAUAAUGUGCGCUGCUUUGUUGGUCACAAACAGCUUUCAAUCUUGUUAAAAUGACUGGACACUAGUUUAAACUGUCAUGAAUCUGUCUUCUAACUGGUGAAAAGACAUGAUAACCUCCUUAAAAAGAAACCAGCAGUUGAAUUGCCUCUGAAGUAACAAAUAAGGUAGUAACAGUUUGACUAUUAUACUCUUUGAAUGUGGGAGCUUAGUUGUAAGUUUCAUGUAGGGUAUUAUCUUGGGGUGAUCAAGAAAAAAAUACAUAUGAGCAAAAUUAGUGCUAUUUUCUAGGAACAUUCUCUUGCAUCCUGCAAACUCAGAAAGCAUGAAAUCUUAAAAACAUUUGUAUCCUGUAGGAAAACUAAAUUUCAGUAUAUGUUUUGAUACAUAAUUCCUAGUCUAAGGUAGGAAAUCUUUUGACUGUCCUUAAAGCUUCACUGCUCAGACAGGUGUAUCUCUUGGGGUACUGAAAAUAGAAAGGGAACUUGGAGAGCUGUGAAAGCAGAACUGCUGCAGUCAACACUGCAACAGUCUCAGAAAUCAAUAAAAACUGUUAUUGUAGCUUUCAAUAGGAAACACUAGCUGUUUUUCUGGGGGGGGGGCGGGGAGAGCUGUUUCUAAUGAGUUCUACAGUGUAGAUAAUGGCAGUGCAAGGGCUUGUAUCUUGUAGCAUCUGAUAAAGUGGGAAAAGUUCAUGCCAUCAUUACAUAUCUUGAGGUGCCAGGCAACAACAUUUCCCAUCAGGCUUUUAAUUUUUUGCGGCCUCCUUGAAGGAGAGGAAUGCUUUAAUCCCACCUUCUACAAACAUGAUUGCCUUCAAUAUUAUUUUUGUUUUGUUUAGUUUUAUGUAUGUGCUUGUUGCUUUGCUGUUGUAAGCCACUUUGAGCUGCUUUUGUAAGAAAAGCAACUAAUAAGUUUAAUAAAUAAAUAAUUUAUCAGUCCUUAAAAUGCUACAGGAGUCUCUUGCUUCUGUUUUAAGGAUGAUUCUAACCCUGAUAACUAAGUAGUGUACUGACUCAUACUGGUUGACCCAUAGGUCUAAUCCAGUAUACUUUUCUUAUGUUCUUGUUAGAAACAGUCUACUUACAGAGAGAAAAAGAAGUAUGUUAGUACUUCUGUUGGUUGACUAGGGAAAAAUGUAAUCAUGUUAAUAUGGCAAAGCAAAACAUCUUUACAUUUCUGCAGCGAGUGGCAUUGAGGACUACAAUGAUGCUAUGGUCUAUGCAUAAUAUGCAUAUUAUUAAUUGUUGUUGCUGCUGUUGCUACUGCUGCAGCUGCAGCUGUUGUUGUUGCUGUUGUUGUUAAAGCUUUCUGCUUAGGGUAGCUUGGCCAUUUAAUAAAUCUUAAAGAAACUCAAGAGAGAAAACAAAGAGAUGAGCAGGCAAGAUGUUUAAGGAGAAAUGUGUGUUCCUGUUCCUUAAAUCUUGUACAAUAUAGGAGUUUGAUUGUUAAGCGAUUGAAGUGGCUUCUUUAAGCAGAAGGAACUCAUUGUAUAAGCACAGCCUGAAGCUUUAGAAAUGACAAUGAGAUGAUGAAAGUGGGAUGAUAUAUGUUUCAAAUUUUAUUUUUUUUUUACUUCAGAUGGUGUUUCCAGAAGUAUUGUGUAUGUUUCUCUAGACUACUUAACAUCCUCAUGUGCUGGCAUAUUAUGAUGAGGCACCAUGUUACUAAAGAUGGAAACCAGCAAGAAUAACUAGUUGACAUUCUGCUCAAUUUAAAACAGGUCUGAAUAGAGUCAUGUCUUGCUAAUGUUGAGGGUCAGUCUUUUGUAUGUGCACGAUUUAUAUUGGGAGUGAAGUGCAAGGUUUGUUUCAAAGUGGUUGUGUUACUAGAACAUUAGCAUACCUCCAUUGGCAACUUUCGCUCUCUGUCGUAAGAUGCUCCUAAUGUUUAAUUCAGUGGCAGAUGGCAUCAACAAUAUUUUUGACAAGAAACUCCUUAGUGUUAGUGACAUUAAUUUUUGCCUGACGAGUCAUAUGCAGUAUUGUUGAGACACUUGUUUCUGUUUCUCCCUCAUUUUCAGAAACCACAAUAUUUUUGUGCCUUAUCUAAUCCAUGCUCUUUAUAGGAUGCAAUAUUGUAUGGAUGAAUAAAAGCCAGCAAUGUUCUUGAAUAUUUAUUUUUUUACAAUUUCUUUACAGUGGAACUCUGGAAUAUCUCAUGUCACUGAAUACAAUUCUCUUGGUGCAGGAAAGGGAGUCCAUAUGUAAAUAUUCUAAUCAUAGGGGCAGGUGGUAGGGAAAAAAUUGUAUAACAUCUCAAAAUUGAUUUAUUUGUCUGUAGCUAUAUCUCUGCAUAAAAAGACGUUAGUCAAAAACUGCCAUCAUCAUCCUACAUCUUUAGCUGAUAUAUAUGCAUUGUAAAUAUCAAACUGUCAACAUCUUCAUAUUUCUGCCAAAAUGCUUCAACAGAAUGGCAGACACUCCUUCGGGAUAGUCUGGCUCGAUUCAGAUGGUUACUAACAGUGUAUUAUUAGUACACUACUAGUUCUGUAGUACUCAAACAGUGCUACCUUGGUUUGAGAACAGCUUAGUUUAUGAACAACUUGGAUUAAUAACGCUGUAAACCCAGAAGCAGGUGUUUUGGUUUGUGAACUUUGCCUUGGAAGCAGAACAUGUUCAGCUUCCUGUUGAAUGUGUUCCAUUUGUAAAUUGAGUUCCCCACUUUUAUGGGAAAGAACACUUUGGUUUAAGAAUGAACUUUUGGAACGGAUUAAGUUCGUAAACCAAGGUACCACUGUACUUGGUUUUGUCUUGAGCCUUAGUACAUAUUUGAGUCCAUAUAAUACCCAUAGUUGACACUUGAGUAUCAAAUUUGUGCACUUUACUUAUUUAAAGGGGAUACAUUUGAAUAUUGUUUGUUUACUUUCUACAAGCAUAUUGCUACAUGUGGCAAUUUGGGAUAUUGUUCACAAUAAUGAUGUAAGUGGAUAAUGGCUUGCCUAAUCUAAAACCUAACUUUUGCAAACACUCAUAUACAAAAGCUUACUAAUUCUCCAGCAAAUUGUAAAUGUAUCUGAGUGGUAGAUAGAAAAUAAUCACUUCAUGAGAGAUUUUGAAAAUGGGAACCGUAAAAAAACUAAUAUCUAAAUAGGUUUGGACUGAGGACCUUUCAUCUCCUAUUUGAAGAUACACUUGUUUAUUUGAAAUGUAUGGCUAAAUCAUCUGCCAUGCUUAAAUUUGCCUUGCAAGCCUAUAACACAUUUCUUAGCAUCAUUGAACCCAGUGUAACCAAUGCAUAAAAAUAUUUCAUUAGCAAAAGCAUAAAUGUUGAGUAUAGCCCAAGAGAGAAAUUAUUUCUGCAAAUUGAUGUUAGCUUUCUGAGGGGAAUUAAUAAGUGCAGCAUCAGGGUUUUUUGUUUUGUUUUUUGUUCUGAAAGUGAAGAACCUUUGAGAUUAAAAUCAUAUGGUUAAAAACCACUGGAACAUUUAUGCAGACUACAGCAUCUACUGUGUAAUAAGCUAUAUAAUCAAAUUCAAUGUUUUUAUGUCUACAAGAUAUAUAAAAUAUGGUCAUGAAUUAGCAGGUUUCCCUUGGAGCAUAACAUAAUAUUUGUGUUCUAUAGUAUGGGGGCAGGGAAAGAAACCAAAUGUUAGCAAUUUCCCUUUACAGUAUAAACUAACACAGUCACUUGUUUCGGAGGUGAUAAAAUUGUCGGUGCAAUCCUCAGCGCAUAGCUACUCAAAAGUAAGUCCCAGGGAACUGGGUAUAGGAUUGCAGCUUCAGAUAGUUAUGUCUUUUCAUAGUUUACACUUAUGUCUGAAAUAUCAGCCUGGCUUUUUUUCCAAGGUGAAAAGGGCUGCAAUCCUGCUUUAUGUGAUUAUCGUAAUUUGCACUUCUCUUAACCUGUCCCAUGAGGAUUUGACUUGCUAGUUUAUCCAAGCAAGUCAGCGGUUUACAAUGUUUCAGAAUUGAAAUACUACUAGGAGAGCCUUGCAAAUCGAAGGCUCUUAAUGCAUGUAACUGAAACAAAUGUGAUAAUAAAUACAACUGAAUAAACCUUAUUAAAGUUUUUUCUUCCCAUUUUUAUCUUAUUAAUCAGCUUAGUUGCAAAUUUUUAAGGUCUCACAGAUGCGUGUUCCAAGGUGCUUUCAUAUAAAUAACAGCUAAGUACCAUUUGGAAAUAAAUAUAAUUAACUGAGUACUCGCUACAAUCCAUUUAAACUUAAAUGCUUGGAUUUUUGUAAACUUUGUCCUAUAAGCAUUAAUGGAACCAGUCUGUCUUAAAUCCAAGGACUCUGGCUUAUAAAAUGAUGGACAAUCAUUUCAGCACUCCUUGAUUAUCACUUUACUUUCUCUACAGGGCCUAGAAUGUGUAAAAUUCGUCCAAAAGUGCUUUGGCAUGCAUGGCGUCAAGUAGAUUUAUGCAUCUGAACUAUUAUUACUGAGAAAUUACUACAUUUAAACAGUUAAAAAAUUGGACAACUUUAAUGUCACCCAUGCAUAUUAAUCCAUUUUAAUUAAUCUCACCCACAGAUACAAAGGAUAUGUUUGGGGGACUAUGCUCAAACCAUAUAGGAUUGCACUGUUCUUAGAAAUAAGUAUAACUGAGUUCAAUGGUGCUUAACCCCACAUAUGUAGGAAUAGGGUUGUGACCUAGAUUUUUUGUUACCACUAGUGCUGACUUUCCUUGAUAACUCCUUUACAUUGUUCAACUAUCACUGUAGCUUCGGUAGCAAUUGUCUAUCAUUUGAUUGCUAGACUUACAGGGACAGACCUUGGUCUAUCAAAUUUCAACGGUGGUCUGCAUGAAGCCAAAAUUUACUUCCUCUCUGCCUCUCACCUUCCGUUUUGCUCAGUUCACUACGCAGUGCUCUACGCAGUUGGCUCCUAGUGCAGUGCAACCACUGGCGGAUGAAGGUGGGGGCGGUUCGCCCUGGGUACCAUCCGGGGAGGUGACAUUGCCCCUGCCCCCGGGACACUCAGCGCUCGUCGUGCACCCCCAACACGUGCCACGCCCUCUGCAGGUGGCGCACCACACCCCCAGGACGCACACCACGCCCCCUGGGACGCAUGCCAGCCAAGCCCCUGGAUGUACCUGGAGCAGGUAGCUUCGCCACUGAGUGCAACCAGUCAGACUGUCCUAAAUCCACCUCUGAGACACUAUAUCAGUUAAUGUAGUGUCAAGUCUGUGGUAGGGUUGUUGAUGUACAUAUUGUUUGGACACUGACAGAGGAAAUUAACCGUUAAUCCUUUUAGAUACCUUAGUAAUCUUUCAUACUGUUGAACAUAAAAUAUUUUUGAAAUGUCAAUAUGCUUGGCAGAUAUUUGCCUGACAUCUGCUGAGUUGUUCAACAUACUUGGCAUACAGUUUUCAGAGUGUUUCAGAUAGUUAUUGCUUAGAUUUCUGAUAAACUCCUCUUGGGACAUUGCCUGCUAAGUGUGUAAGAUGGACUGCUGGGUGCAAUCUGGAGUCAGGUGAUUGUCCUAUUGAUACCCAACUUUGCUUUUUCUUCUGAUUCGGGAUGGAAAGAUCUGUCAAUUUUGAUUUUCUCAGUUUCACAGGUACACAAUCCUAAACUCAAUCAUCCACAUUUUGUAGCUAUUUGUGGGUUUUUUAUUUUAAAAAAGAGAUUUUUGUAUGAUAUUUUCACUAAUAAAUUAAUUUUUCUGCACAUGUUCCCCCUAAUAUAUCUAGUUUUGCAAAACAUUGCUCACUGGCCGAACUGCAUCACCAAAUUUAGAUAUGUGCAAAUUUUGAGGGGUGGCUCUGUUUCGGUUCAUACAUUGUUUUAGAACGUGCACAUUUGAUAAGAGUCUGCUCUAAAUGUGUACCAAAUUGAAAUUCUCAUUCAUCCCUGCUUCUGACAAUGUAGUGGCAUUUCUGUUCUUAUGUAGUUUCAGGAUAUGUUUGGGGACUGCUAAUGACAGAGCUGUUUGAAAUGGAAAUACACAGUAAAUACAGUGAUUAUGGAUAUCAUGGUCCAAAGAGUCUUCCAAGUCACCUUGACUGCUUUUCCCUCUUGGGAUCAUUCUGAUGUGUUUCUAAAUGUUCAUUAUGUCUCCAGACUCACUAGCAGGGCUUCUCUCUCAUUUACACCUUACACUUUUCUUUACUUUCAGUUUGGUAGCAUUUAUAAGCAGGAGCUUGUGGCCGAUGCAAAAUACUUGCUAUUUUAUUAUAUUAUUAUUUUAUUUUGGUAAUGUCAAACAUAAUGAGUUGAAUCCAGACAUCAUCAUCAUUUUGAGUAGACCUAUAAAUCAUUGGGAUUUAAGUAUGAGUAAUUUAAGUUGCAUUGAUUUUCGGUGGUUUUCGCUUUAAGCAUAGCUAACUCUGGAUCCAAUCCAUAGAGGUCUGAGCAAAACUUUGUAUGUCAAACAAAGGUUUUUGAAUAAAAGCAAAUCAAGAAAAAGGAGCAACGAUUUAAACAAAAACAUUAAAAAGAUUGCAUAAGGAAAUUUUAAAUUCAGGCACACACAAACGUAAGAGAAUACUCUCUAGCACAUUCCUGUACAAAUUUAUUUAUAAGUAAGCCUCACCAAAUUCAGUGUGACUUGCUCCCAAGUAAAUAUAGGAUUGUAUCUUUACAAUUGUUUACAUUAUUCUAUGGUAACAAAAAUACACAGUUGUACUUCAGAUUACAUAUGCUUCAGGUUACAGACUCCGCUAACCCAGAAAUAGUACCUCGGGUUAAGGCCUUUGCUUCAGGAUAAGAACAGAAAUCCUGCUCCAGCAGUGCAGCAGCAGUGGGAGGCCCCAUUAGCUAAAGUGGUGCUUCAGGUUAAGAACAGUUUCAGGUUAAGAAUGGACCUCCAGAACAAAUUAAGUACUUAACCCAAGGUACCACUGUAUGUCUGUAUUUUGGGUUGCAAAGCUUGUUGGCAAGAUGUGCAUGAAACCUGACAGUCCAUGUGAUGAUAAUAUACAUGACAACAUCAAAUAAAGUGGAACCACCCCUUUAUAUGUGGAAACGUCUUUUUGAAACAUUUUUUUGUGGGUAUGGAUAAUAUCUGCAGAAUAUUUUGAAGCAGUGAUUUCACAAGGAGCUAAAUUGGUGGCUUAUAUACUUGGGAGGCCGAGUAUGUGAAGCGACUAUUUGAGAACAUACAGGUUUAGCCAGUGAUGUCAUAGAUAUUGACAAAAGCGGAAAAGCUGGAAGGCAAGGCAGCUAAAAGAGGCAAUGCAUUUAUGUAUGUAAAUAGGAAUGAAGUACUACUAUGAGAACUAAAAGACAGCUGACAAUGCUUACUGCCAAAAAGGUUAAAAAUGAAUAUAUAGUGUAAGCAUAUUUACAAUGGAAUUGGAAGAACUUUUGACCUUGAAUUUGGAUAGCUUUAUGAGUGACAUUGAGCUGGUAGACUUGAAGCACUUCUUGACUAGUUGCUUGCACAGAAGCCCUGUGCAACCUUUUUCACCAGAUGCAGAGGUAAAUAGUUCUUAUGGAUGUGGACUUGGCAGCUGUCAUUCAUAUUUCUGUAGCACCUGGGCUUAGCUACUGAAUGUGUUGUGUGUAGAACUACCCUUACAUGACUGCUAAAAGAUGCAGAAUGCAGCACUGUAAUCUUGUGGAAGAUUAAAAAGCUGAAAUUUCCAAAGGUUUGCAUUUCCCUGCUGCAUUACUUUAAGUGUAAGCUAAGGGCUAGUUUUAAGCUUUGGAAACAUUGUGCAGCUCUAAUGUGUUCAUACCUUGUAGACAUCGUCUUUUCACAACUCCCAUCAUGACUAUUAGACUCAAGACCAACUUGGAACUUAAUCACCUUCAAGCUAACAUGGUAAAUGUGAGGAUAAUGUUCUCAAAAUGAUCUUUGGAGUCUGUGUAUUUUGCAUUUUAUAAUAGGUACUGGAAAUGAAGAUUUCUACAGGCCCUGCUUCUCUAUAACUUCUAAAUCUUAAGAGUACUUUUCAGUCUGUUUUUAAACUUGCUGCACAUCAUGAACCUCAGGGAGUGUAAGAGAUACAGACUGAAAUAAAUAAAUCAUGUGAUGCAAUCAGAGGAGGAGGUUACUAUCUAUAUCUGAUCUGUGUUUUCAUAUGCUACCCUUUUAUAAGUUUCAAAACAGUGUGGGAAAGUGACUCUUAAAAACUUAAAUGGCUCAACAUAAUCCUUUUAUCUUCUUUCUCAAGUACUUUUCCAUGUACUUCCAUUGCAUAGAAAGAAAUAACUUUAUUAAAACAGGUCAGAGAGAUAGGUAUCUCUCAAAUCUUCCACCAGAGGUGCAUCUCAAGCCGAUACAGGUGUUGAGCUCAGAGUAGUUAUGGGCCUUGCAGCUACACCAGACAAGGAGCAGGUAGAAAAGAAUGAAAUCUCUAGAAUGGAAAGCACAGAACAGAGUCAGAUUGUUGGUCCAUCUAGCUCAGUUUUCUACACAGACUGGCAGUGGCUCUCCUGGAUUUCAGGAAGGAAACUCUCCCAAUCCAACCUGGAGAUGAUAGAGAUCAAACCUAUGACAUUCUGCAUGCAAAGCAGAUAAGGUGCUGGUGACAAUGCACCUGACUAUGUGCCCCCUCAACCCCUGUCCCUCCUGGCUUAUCAAACAGAGAGAGUCUGGUUGUGUCCAGAAUGUGGUUAAUGCUAUGGUACACGAGGGGGUGGUCCGUGCUGCAUUGAAAGAGGCAGUGGUGUGACCACUCCUAGAGAAACUGGCUUUGGACCCUUUGAAUUAGAACAGCAUUUGGCCAGUUGCCAAUACCCCUUUCUUGGGGAAGGUGAUGGAGAGGGCCAUGGUGGGACAGUUGUAGGUGUUUUUGGAAGACACAGAUUAUUUAGAUCCAUCCCAUUCUGGGUUCAGGCCUGGCCAUGGAACUAAGUCUGUCUUGAUCACCCUGAUGGAUAACCUCUGCAGAGAGCAGGACAGGGGGAGUGCUUCUGCUUCUUGAUUUCUCAUCGGCAUUUGAUACCAUCAACCAUGGUAUUCUCCUGGACCAGCUCUCAGGAAUGGGAAUUGGGGGCAUUGCAUAACAGUGGUUCCAAUCCUACCUUCAGAACCGAAUCCAGAAAGUAGCAUUGGAAGACUGCCUUUCUAUGUUAUGAGGUGCCGCAGGUGACUGUCUUAUUGCCAGUGCUAUUUAAUACCUACAGGAAGCCAUUGGGAGUUAUCAUUAGGAGAUUUGGAGUGAGGUGCCAUCAGUACGUUGAUGGCACUCAGCUCUAUUUCUCCAUAACAUCUAGAUCAGGAGAGGCUGUGUAGUCCCUGGGCUAUUGCCUGGACACAAUGGAUAAGGAAAAAACAACAUGAGCUUGAAUCCUGGCAAGGGGGAGGAGGCACUAUGGGUGAGUAGUUCCCAGGUUCAAGACAUUGGUCAGUUGCCUACCCUGGGUGGGGUUUCACUCCCCCUGAAGAAGCAAGUUUGCAGCUUGGAAGUGCUUUUGGAUCCAGCUCUGUCACUGGAGGCUCACAUAGCUUCAGUGGCUAGAAGUACCUUUUUACCAAAUGCAGCAACAGCUAUAGCCAUUCCUGGACUGGAAAGGCCUUGCUACAGUAGUUCAUGCAUUGGUUACUUCAAGACUUGAUUACUGCAAUGUGUUCUGUGUGAAGGAGUGAGACCUUGUCAGCAUGUUACAGUGGUACCUCAGGUUAAGAACUUAAUUCGUUCUGGAGGUCUGUUCUUAACCUGAAACUGUUCUUAACCUAAAGCACCACUUUAGCUAAUGGGGUCUCCCGCUGCCACUGCGCCACCGCUGCAUGAUUUCUGUUCUCAUCCUGAAGCAAAGUUCUUAACCCGAUGUAAUAUAUCUGGGUUAGCGGAGUCUGUAACCUGAAGCGUAUGUAACCUGAGGUACCACUGUAAUACCUCUGUUCAGAGAUCUGAACUGGUUGCCAACCAGGCCAAGUUCAAGGUGUUACUACUAGCAUAUAUAAAACAAUAAUAAUAAAUAAACCAAGAUGCUCCACCACUGAACUCUAAUUCCUUUCCAUUUUUGUGUUUGUGUGGAUUGAUUUGCUAAGUAUCUGCAUGCUACCUCUCUCUUAGCUGUUCCAUUUCAGAAACUACACUAAUAGUACUACUGUCUACAGGGGCUCCAGCUGGAAACCUCUGGGUAGUUUGAGGCUGACCCUUGUCAUGAACCACUGAACUGCAUGUAGCAAUAUCUGCUUAGGGUGAUGAUUUGUUUUCCUGGGCAGGAAGGAUUAUAAGGAGGACUUUCUGUUCCAGGUAGUUAUGGCCAAGCACUACUACUCAGUGACAGAGGAUCUGCCUUGCAUACAAAAGAUGCUAGGUACACAAUCCCUGGUGUCUUCAAAGAACUGCAUGAAACCCUGGAGAACCGCUGCCAUUUAAAGUAGACAAUAUUGACCUCAGCGUCUGAGUAUAAGGCAGCUUCCUAUGUUCUGUUCCUAAUUCUUUGUAUACAAUUUUACCUAGCACUUGCAUUUUUCAAAUCUCUCAAGGGAGUCCUAAUGAUAGGAAAUUUGAGAAGCCCUGAUCUAAGGGGUCUGAAUGUGUUCUGUGGUUAUAAUGCAUAGGGCUGCUCCAAUCCAAGCAUGAUUAUGAAGUAAGGUUUCGUAUAUGGAGCGAUGGAAUGCAAUUUGCAAAUAUUAAAGUAAUGAAGUGCAAUUUGUAAAGAAUGAAAUAAGAGCUUAAUUUUCAUCUUUGUAAAAAAAACAACAAGUAAAAAACUUUAAUAGGUGAAUUAUUAUCUAGUAUCUGAUGCCUGAAAGGUAUCUUGUUGAAAUCAAGUUGAUGGGGUGGUAGUUUCUUUUUAACUUUUGUGCAAUGAUAGGUUUAAAGCAAAAUCAUUCUCAAACCUUUGAGGUAGAUGGGAUAUAUCAGGUGAAUACAAAGGAGAUUAAAUAAAUAAAUGGAACGAAAGAAAUAAUAAUGUUUGCGUUUUGUCUCCCAUCUUCUACACCAGGUGAAAGCUAUGUCUGUGCAUCCAAUGAGCCAUUUCGGAAAGUUGAUUACACUAAGAACGUUAAUCCUAAUUGGUCUGUCAACAUAAAAUCUGUGUCAUCUCGAUCCCUCACAUCUUUGACAUCUGCAAGAAGUGAACUGAAGGAGAGCAAAGACUUCAUUAAACCCAAGCUGGUAACCGUUAUACGGAGUGGAGUGAAGCCACGCAAAGCUGUGAGGAUUUUGCUGAAUAAAAAGACUGCUCACUCCUUUGACCAGGUGUUGACUGAUAUAACAGAAGCUAUUAAGUUAGAUUCUGGAGUUGUCAAGAGAAUUUGCACACUGGAUGGAAAACAGGUAAGAUGAAUUUACAAGACUGCAAUCUUAAAUUUACUUGAAAUAUUCAAGUGACCCUGAGUGAACUUUUGCCUGUGUUGAGCUGUACUUGUCAAGUUAAUCUCAUCAAACAUCUUCCCCUUACUCCAUUGGACAAUAUAACACAAUUCCUGCCUUCUUGAAAUUGAAAUAGCCUUUUUCUUUUAUUGCGGCAAUGCCUAGAUGAAAGUUCAUUUACUUGUAUUGUCCUCCUGCAGUUUAACAUGAUGAAAGCUCACUAUAGAGUUUGGCAGACAAGGCACUUUGCUUCCAAUUACCAACUGAUUGAACUUAUUUUCUAAUGAGGUAAAUUGCUCAUGCCUCCAAAUCUGCUUGGGCAGCACUUUUUUAAUAUAUCAUUGUAAUGUUGGAAGAGACUGAAAGGAGUUUGUUAGAAGCUCAAUUCUAAAUGGCGAAUCAUGUUCUACUUUCUCUUUUUGAAAUGCACAGUUCAGCAUGUUAUAAAAAUAUAUAUUGUGAUGUGUCCUCCUUGACAUCAUAAGAAAUAGAUGAAUUUUAAAAAAGCAAACAUAGGGUUUGUUUUUUGAAUUUAAUAAGACCUUGAAAACCUACACAUACAUGAGACUUCUAAACACGGUAAGCUCUUAAAACAAGAGAGAUUUCCUCCCAAAUGUUAAAGUAUGCAUUCUGGUAAAAGAAUAUGAUUUAUGCUGAAUCACUUAGUAUGCUUGGAGCCACAGAUAAACAUAUUUACUAUUAUAUGAGAAGGUAUAGCCUUCUUUCUCUCCACAGACCCUAUUGGCAAAACUGCAGCCCAUGCUAUAUAUGUAAACUGCUUCGCAAGCUACUGUGGGAGAAGACAAAUAGCAGAUUAUGGAAUAAUCUUUGUCAACCAGAAUGGGUCCAAGUAUCAUGUGCCUAUGGAAGCAUAGUGCUUCUCCUUUGUUCAACUACUGACUGAAUCUUAUUCAAACAGGAAAAUAUUGAGUCUAUGUGGCACUUAUUUACUUGAAUUAAUUUCAGAUCUUUGCCUUGUCAUUCCCUAAAGACUCAGGUGUACAUAUUUUUAAAAUAUAUAUAUUUAAAAUAUAUUGCACUCUUCAAGGCUAUACCAUCUAUUGACGUUCAAUAAUAAUCAGCAUGUAUCUGGGACUCCUGUAUUACUUAAUUUUCCUUAUGUGAGAAAAGGUCAUAAAAUCACCAGGAGUGUUAUCUGUGGUGCACUGAAUUCACAGUUCCAUGGACACCCACAGUGUCAAUUACCCAAGGUAGUAGUCAAAUAUUACUGAAACAUAAUGGAUUUGGGAUAACAUUGUUGAUAACUGAGCCCCAGAAUCUUGAUUGUAGAAAUAACCUCCAAGCUUUAUUCUAGGCUCUUUAUGAGGCGCAGCUGAAACUGCCACUGUGAGUGGAAUAGAUUAGGGGGGGAAAUACAAACUUGUUUUCUUUUUAAAAAAGCAAAACAAAAACAUGUCUUUUUGUCCCUUAGGGCAGCUCUAAACAAUAUGGCUUCAGCUGCAGUUAUUGAUUUCUCUGUUAGGGAAACAUGUGUACUUAUUAACAGCACAGCAUAGUCUGGUAAUUUACUGAAGCCGGCUAAUAGAUUCCACUAAGUCCCUACUCCAAUAUGCCAAGGGUUUCACCAUGACAAAAUCUAAAUCCACUACUAAUUUUAGUUUUCAGUGCCCAAAUGGGGCCAGCAACAAAAUGUUCCACAAAGUGUGAUAUGCUCUUGUUCUUGACUGGCUGGCUGGAAACCUUUAGGAUAUUUCCACUUCGGGAUAAUUCUGUCCCCUCUUCCAUACAGUUUUCCAUUUUGCACAGUUCAGUUCCACUUUUGCAUUCGCUUUACUUGAAGCAGGGAUCCUGGUUUUAAAUUAAAUCAGCUCAGUUUGUUAAUAAACAGUAGAUAAUGUAUUUGUGCAUCUAAAUCUGAACCUUCACAUUUGAUCAGAAAGGUAUUAGCUUGGCAACAGAUCCUGAUUGUGUGAAAGAAAGGUGGAAGGAGACACUUGCUAUUUGAUAAUUCUCUGAGGAAGGUUACUAGGCUUCUGUAAUGAAACAGUACCUAAAGCUAGUAGAAACAUGCUUUCAAAGGUUAAUGGAAAACUUCUUUUUAGAGUGAAAGGCUAUAUACUUUAGCACCAGAUUCUAUGGAUUGAAUUACACUCAAAACCUCAUAACCCAUUGAGUCAAUCAUCCAUCUCUUACUACCUUUCUGAGAAGUACCCCAUCCCACCCUCCCACUAUUUAUAAGGGUCUAGUGACUUCUGCUUCAGUAUAUCUGAAGAAGUGUGCAUGCACACAAAAGCUGAUACCCAGAACAAACUUAAUUGGUCUCUAAGGUGCUAUUGGACAAUUUUUUCAAUUUCCCCCCUCAUAACUUCUGCUCCAUUGCAUUUUUUUGUUAUGUGUAUUUUAGUGAUUUGCUGAGAUUAGCUAAUUCCAUUUCAGAUAAAAACUGCUGAAGUCUACAGAGAACUAGAUUUAAACUGGAAGAGCCAAGUGAAAACUCUUUACAAAACCUCUAUGUAGCUUAUACAUAGUUUCAGUCAAUUUAUGGAAGCUUUUCUCUCCUUUGAUUCUCUGUGGUAUAAUGAAAGCCAAACAGGAGAAAACCAGUCAAGGACAAAAUUUUACUCUUGCAGGCUGCUGCUUUAAAACCAAAACCAAAAACACCAACCCAUAAAACCCCACCAGUUGUGAAUUGUGGGGGGAAAGGGUAUCGUAUCCUUGGGAUAUUACUGUUUUAUUUAGCUUUCAACAUUAUGCCAGCUGUUUUUUCAGCUUGGAAUGUAAGUAAUCCCAUAGGCUUCCAUUUUGUAAAUGUCAACACCCUUCCCUCUAGAGUUUGGAAAUUAGAUGGCUAGUCAACCAGCAAUUCAUUCAUUAACACGUUUACUGAUUUCCAGAGGCAGAUCAGUGAAUGUAACAUUUAUAUUUUUGCAGUAGGCUAAAAUACACUCCUUGUCUUCCAUUCAUGCAAGCGAAAGGCAUUAUCAGAGAACCAGGACACAUAAUGCACAUAACACAAACAAGUGUCUCAUUUAAAAUUAUAUCAUAAAUCCAACGUAUAACAUUUUCCAUAAACAUAGAUUAUAUAUCGAAGCUUAAAUACAUUUCUGGAGUUGUAAAGUACAUGAAUAGAUGCAAAUACUAUGCAAAUACUGCAUAGAUAUUAAUACUGCCUAUAUAAACACAAGUGAAGAUAACACAUCUCUACACAAUUCAGAAUAUGUUAACCAUAUAAUCUGGUUGUGUUCAAUGUAUCCUGAUGCUGACAGACACAUUUUGGCUUGUAACAAUCUUCUUUGGUGGCAUAAGUUCAAAAGAAGCAAUGCCCAAAUAUAUUAAUGCUGCAGUAGCUGACUUUAGGCAGAAUGAAAUGAUCUGUAUCUUCAAGGCUAUAACAGAGUCCAGUUAAAUGCAACCCUAAGCCUAGUUCUCCUAAAUAGCAUUCAAAUGCCAACAUGAAUGGAUGUGUUUUUAAGUUGCUUUCUAAAAUUCUUUAUUAGUCUGGGUGAUUGCUGUAUCUCCAGAGAGAAGAAACGCUGCCAGCAAGAAGAUUACUAUCCCACAUUUCCUCAAAAAGCCCACCAGCAAGAUCACAUGAAGGUAUCUUCCAUCCCACCCUUGCAGAACACAGGUCCCAGAUUGGGAAAAGGCAGUCCUUCAAGUAUUUCAAGUUGAAAUCUUGACCACUUGUAUGAUAACCCAACUAUAUGGCAGAGCAACUGAAGCCAAGCAGUAAUGAUUGUAACAGGAAAGGAUGGUAUGGAAUGAAUCACAUCCUACCAUGUGGGUUCAUGACGCAUUUUUCUCUCAGCUGCUACAAGAAAACUGACUGCUCCACAUCCAGUCUAGGUUAAUAUACAUUUGUUAAGAACUGGAGGAAGGGAGCUAAAUGCAAUGCUUUUCAUCAACUAGCUUGUUUGGCAGUCUAGUUUAUAUUCUGGCAUGCUAGCUGGAAGGUAAAUUAGUAAAUAAGUUUUGCUUUGAUACAGCUUUGUUCUUAUUUGUACUACCUCAGCAGACUUUAAAAAGGGUUACUGAAUUAACAGUUGUCUCUUACAGUUUUCUGUUUUUUAAAUAAAAUACAAAUGACUGCUGUUCUCUUACAGGCCUAAGGUCCCAGUACUACAUCAAUGAUACAUGUAUUAUCCUUCAUUCCCGAAACAGUACACCUCAUUCCAUGUUAUUCUCCACUGUGCACAAGAUCAUAUGGUGAAGCUGCAAAAUUAGCUUACAGACUCCUUCGUUUGCUUCUGACUGUUAGUACUGUGAACAGAAUUUAUAGGCAUGUGUCCUAAUUGAUGGGGAAACAUUAGGGUUUUUUCUUUUUAAAAAAACACAACUAUGUUAUGUUUUACAUAAUUUCAAAUAUGACUACAAGCAGGUUAGGAUAGAACAUCAUCCCAAGAGGGUCAUUCAAAGAAGUGGUCCUUGUAAUAUCAGGUCUGUUUAAGAGAGAUGUGAUUCUCUUUGGGUUAGUAUCUACGAUUGACCUCGAAAUUGCACCUGCAGAUCAUGUGUUAGCUCCACAACUGGAAAAAAAAGCUGAAGGAGAACAAAUAAUUAGAUUUUUAAAAUAAAAUGAUAGAAAACUAGACAGCUAAUGAAAAUAAUAUCAACACCUAGUAGAAAAAUAAUUGAGAGAAGUAGGAAUGAAGUGAAUAAUGUAGAAAAAUAGCUAGGGAGAAUGAGACAGGGUGCAUGGGAAGCUGUUUUGCUUGCCUGCACUAUUCCUUUUGGACUUGUCUGUCAAUUUUAACCAGCUGCAUGCCAUUCCAUUGAAACUUCCAACUUUAUCUUCUCUCAUUAAAGCGGCUUCUUUGUUAUUCUUUUAAGCUGCAUCUUGUUCUUUAGCCCGUAUAUUAUAAUAUCCUUGCCAAUUUGUCAGACCUCCAUGGUGUGAGGGUUGCUUUGAUGGAUGAUAAUCUGCCUUUGGGCUGCCUCUCUUUCUGCCCGGACCUUUUUUGUUUUUUUUACUACAGUUCUAUAGCUAACAUUCCCUGUACCACCUGCCUCUCUGGUAAUUCUGUUCACUCCAUUAGAUUGAACAUGUGGUACAAUCAAUAAAUCUUUCUAUUGACCUCAUAAUUUGCUCUUAUUUCCAUUACGUUCUUCUGGUUAUCUAGAUGGCUCUACAGUUAUCAGUUGGCAUUUUAAAUCUCUGGCUUUUAUCACCAGUGCAUUCAUAAAAUGAAAGUGAUAAUGUACGAUAGCUUUCUCCUCCAAAUGUUUUUUGUCUGCAACUUGCACCAUCUUGCCAUUGGCUGAUGGAAGUUCUGGCCCAAAGCCUCUGAAAGGAACUGGAUUGGGAAUGGCUCGUGUCUUUAUAUACGUAUGAAAGAAUGACUCUCCAUAUUUCUGUGAAUAUAUAACGCAUAGUAUAUUGUAGCAUUAUACAGCAGCUGCCUGUUUUUUUUAACAUAUAUGUCAUGCAUACUGCUUAUGCAUGAUAAAAUACCUGCAUUCAUGGCCAUAGCCAGGACUUUUGUUAAGGGGAGCAGAACUCACCUAAUUGGUCAAUUAGUUAAGCAUUUCUAUUAUUUGAUCGAGGGGAGGGGCAGCUGCUCCCCUGCCCCCCCCCCCAUGGCUACGCCCAUGCCUGCAUUUGGCAAGUGGUUUGUGUGAGCCUGGGCUUCUAAAUACAGUUGAGUUUAGAGACACUCACAACUAAUCCUUAGAAGUAACUAAAUAGGUUUGAUUUGCCGUAUAUUCUUUACAGCAGGCAUCCCUAAACUUGGCCCUCCAGAUGUUUUGGGACUACAACUCCCAUAAUCCCUAGCUAACAGGACCAGUGGUCAGAGAUGAUGGGAACUGUAGUCCCAAAACAUCUGGAGGGCCAAGUUUGGGGAUGCCUGCUUUAGAGAGUAUAAGUUUGGGAGAUGUUCACGAGUUGAGUAAAUUUAUGCCAAAAUGCACAGCUUAUCUUUAGCUUAUAAUAAUCAAAUGUCAUUGUCUCUAGACACUUGUAUGUGUACUAAUAAACAAUACACCUUGUGAUGUUUGCUAAUACUGUGGUGGAUAUAUACUGGGGUUGGGCAUGUCCACCUGAUCUAGUUUGGGGCCCAGUUUGGUGCUUUGAGUCAGGUUCAGUCUGACCCAGGAUGAUCUGGACCUAACCCAUUCCAGACCCUGAACCAAACUGGGGACCUUUUGCAGCCCUAGUUGUUUAAUUGUGGUUUGAAACCCUAAUUACACAUUGUAUGUGGUCAGGAGGAAAAGACACAGGCAGAGAUUCUUGCCUGUGUCUCUUUCUCCCCUUUCUUGCCACCGACCCCAAGUUUGAUUAGGGUUUAAAAUCCUAAUUAAGCAUGCAGUCACAUGACCGCCCCCCACCUGAAUCACUUUGGGUAGGCUCGACUUGGACUGGUCCAGGGCUGCUUUAAACCACUCUGGGCAAAUCCCAGAUAAACCCAAAUCAUUCAAGUUUGAUAUCCAGGAUUUGCCUGAGGCCGAUGCAUAGCCUUAAUAGUUAUCAGCUUCGGAAGGAAAUGUAGAAUGACCUCUCUUUAGAGUUUCUUUCAGUAUUAUGAAGUUUUAUAAAUUUGUUAAAUGAAGACACAUCUGGUUGGGUGUGCUUUAUAUUUUUUGUUUCCUGAAUGCUGUUUUCAGUUGUGAAAGUAAUCCAGAUGUUUUCAGUGUGGUUAAUAAUAGGCUCUCCAAUUUCCAAAUCACUGUUUUUAUUCGUAAGUAAGGUUGUAAGUUGUCCUCAAAUAGAUGCACAUGAAUAAUCUUUUUUGGAUUUGUACUGGAAUAUUAAAUUGUAAUCUCUGCUGUGUUUUGUAUGCCGUAGUGGCCUGAUUAAUAAUAACUAGUACAGAAAGAUAUUCAGUCUUUCCACACUGGCAGACUGUUAGGUGCUUCUGGUCAUAUUGCCUGGGUUGUCUGAUGAUCAGACAACAAACCAAAGAAUAUGCAUUUCAGUUCAAUUUCUUACUUAUUCCAGAAUUCCAUUGGCAGCAAGGAGUUGUCUCCUUUCUUUUCCCUUGCCUGUCUGUCAUGAAUAUUGUUGUUGGCUCAUUUUCAAAUGAUACAGCAUGAGCAUUGACUAUAAGCAGUUGUUAAGUUUUCUGGGUGAAAUUAGAAUAGAUCCGCUUUCUUCUGAUUGUAAUCAAUAGUAUCCACCCUAGAUUUGACCCAGAAGACUUGAACAACUAUAGACUGUUUGCAAAUGUCUUUGUCUUGUACAAGGUUCUUGAGCAGUUGGACGGUGACCAAAUACAGGAGUGCUUAGAGACUGAUUUUCUACACCCAUUGCAUUCGGGGUUCAGGGCCAAUUUUGGCAUGGAGACCACAACAGUCAGGAGAUGGAUGAGGAGUAUCUGUGUUGACUGUCCAAGAUCUCUUGGCAGCUUCUGAAACAGUCAACCAUGGUAUUUUUCUGGGGAGACUGAGUUGAGAACAGAGGGGCUUGUUUUCCAGUAGUUUCACUGCAGAAGGUAGCAAUUAGGGGAUGCUGUUCAGCCCCUUGGAGUCUCUAUUGUGGUUCUUCAGAGUUUGAAUUAGCUCCCAUGCUGUUUAACAUCUACUUGAAACUGCUGCAUGAGGUCAUCCAGAAUUUUAGAUUGGGUUUUAGGAUAAUUUGCACUGGAACAUUUUUAAUUUGCAUUGGAGAAUUUUAUUGUAUCUUAGUAAAUGAUCUAAAUUAGCAUGUGCAUGUUUAUUUUAAUUGUAUUUAGUAAGCGAAGCAACAAACUUUGAAACUGUCAGGCUUGCCUAAUAUUUAUUUGCAGUUGGCACCCAUUUAUUGUUACCAGUGUUCGAAACUCCCAUUGUGUUUCUAGACGCAUUUUGUGACAGGGAAUUUCAUUAGCGUGAGCAAUUUCUGAGUUUUGGAUGCAGCACUGCGCCUAAGAUUUCAGAUUAAAACUUCCACGGCUGUGUAAAAUAACUAAACAAGUAUUAGAAAUCACCCCAGAAUUGGCCCUACUAAACAUCUUCCAAGACAAUAAUGCCCAUUUACACCACAAAGAACUCAUAACCCACCUACUUUCAGCAGCCCGAAACAUCAUAACCAGACACCGACAGAGACCUGUCAGGAGUAAGCAUGGACCAAUGGUACAAAAUAGUAUGCGAAACAGCCUUACUAGAAAAAUUAACCAAUAAACUGAAACUGACAUGGGGACAAAUAGAAGAAGAUGCCUUCACCCCGGUAUGGCUCCCCUUUAUUACAUACACAGCCCAACAAGACAAUGACAAAAAUCCACCAACAGCAUACAAAUCAAUAUGGCUAACCUGAUCCAAAACAGCCACCUACCCCACUCACACAUGAAAACAAAGAUCACCACAGCCAAUCACAAACAAACAACCACACCCUAGGCCAACCCCAACCUCUCUUACCACCAAAGGAACACAAAGAGAACCUGCACAAGUGACGCUGACACAAAACCCCACAUAUGUUAAGUAAAAUAGAAAUAUUGCGACCCGACCCCACCCCCACUCACCUUUCCCACCUCCUCCUCUUUCCCCCUUUUGUUUCUAAUGUCUCAACAGAUGAAACUGAUCUGUAAAAAAUGUUACUUUUAAAAAAAGAGAGCGAUUGCACAUACUUUCGUAAACCAAGGAAAUCUUUAAUAAAAACACAAUAAAAAAAAACCUGCCACUGCUGGAAGGAAAGGAAAGGAGGAUAUUUUUCUGCCUCCCCUCUUCCAGCUAGUCUCUGAAGACUGGAAAAGAGACCCUCUUAAGAAUAUCAGGGGGGUGAGCAGGGGAAGACUGGACCAUGUGAAAAAUAAACAUAAUGUUUUAGCUGCAGUUCAUUCAUUUUCAGCAUUUUAUUCUUGUUAUAAAAAAGUGUGCCUAGGCAUUGGGUUGUUGUUCCCAUAAACUGGGUUUAAGGUGCCAUUUCGCUCCUAGCUUUUAUAUCACAAUUUCUAACACUGAUUUUUACUCAGGAAUUUGUGAACAAGAAAAUAUUCCAUGGGAAAAUGAAGUGCUAGGGGUGGGGGGAUUCUAUUUAGUUUUGGAAAAGUUUUCACCCCUGGCUCAGGAGGAAAGACUAGAACCUCCCAUUCACUUGCACUGCCUGCCUCCCUUAUGCAUGGGAGGCAGUUUUUGAUUUUUGGGGAGGCUUUGAUUUUUAGCAGCCACAUCAUGGUGCAUUUUAACUGCACCAUUAAUAUAAUGUCUACUUAGGCCAUGCAUAGGAUUAUGCUGUGCAAGUGGGAGGACUUCAGCUGGUCUCAACCAACCUCUUAUGAAUUAUCUUCCUGAUUACAGUCAGUGUAAAGUCUAGACACAACAAUAUAAAACAUGAAAUGUGAAUAGAUGGCAUCUAUGUUAAGAUAGACGGCCACGAGUGGCUCUGUGGGUUAAACCACAGAACCUAGGGCUUGCCGAUCAGAAGGUCAGCGGUUCGAAUCCCCAUGACGGGGUGAGCUCCCGUUGCUCGGUCCCUGCUCCUGCCAGCCUAGCAGUUUGAAAGCACAUCAAAUGCAAGUAGAUAAAUAGGUACCGCUUUGGCGGGAAGGUAAAUGGCGUUUCUGUGUGCUGCUCUGGUUCUCCAGAAGCGGCUUAGUCAUGCUGGCCACAUGACCCGGAAGCUGUCUGUGGACAAACACCGGCUCCCUCGGCCAGUAAAGCGAGAUGAGCGCUGCAUCCCCAGAGUCGUCCACGACUGGACCUAACUGUCGGGGGUCCCUUAUGUUACCUUUAUGUUAAGAUAAUGUCCAUGCAAAUCGUAAUUUGUGUUAGAGACAUGGCAAAGAAGGUGCCCACUCAAGAAAUAUAGAUAGAUAUAUAGGGAACACCCUUGUGCUAGGUUAGACUGUUUAACUCAGCAUUGUCUAUUCUGAGUAGCACUGGCUCUCCAGGGUCUCAGUCUUUCACAUUACUCGGUACCUGAUCACUUUAACAAGAGAGGUCAGGAUUUGAACCUAGGACCAUCUGUAUGCAAAGCAUGCACUGUACCAGUGAAUUGGCCUCUUCCUGAUGAUUAUGUGAACCUUAAAUGUAUUAAACAUGAAUUCCUGUUCAUAGAAAUGUUUAAUUAAAAUAUUUCCAUUGUGCCUCCCAGUCAAACAAUAUAAAUACAAUAAAAUAAUCUUUUUUUAAAAAAAAACCACACAUCUAGCUUUAUAUUACAGUUUCUUUCCAGCCUCAUAUCACAGCUGGAGUUGUAAUUGCAGUCUGUCCAGUGAGGACAGGACUAACUCAAAUUUGCAUUUUGACAUUUUAAUUGGUUUAAUCUUGCAUCUUUUAUUCCAAACUAAAUUGAGUUGGCCAGUGAGUCAUUUAUGUAUUAGAAAUACUGGGAUAAGUGUUUUUCUUGCAGUUCCCUUCUUGGGAAUACUCUAAUUGUAAGCAACAGUUUUAUUUUAGGUGCAACCUGUAUUGUUAGAUAGCUCAAAUAUAUUUGUGUUUGCUUUUUUCUUUGCUUAGUACCAUACCUUCAGCAACAGAUAAACUGCUUGGUGCCUUUUGUUUUUAUACGUACAAAUUGAUCUGCCAAACUCUUUUGGUAAAUCCCCAAUUUAUCAUGCAUUAAUAUUUCAGAACCAUUUAACACCCUGCUGUCUCUAGAUUCUGACAGUAUAAUGGGUUGUUUGUGGGCAGAAAGCAUCAGCUAUGGAGAAUUUAUUUCUAAAAUGUAGUUCAUUAAGCUAUAGUUGCUUUAAGCUAACACUGUGUGUUUCUUUGUAUCUUGGUUUCAGCCCCUAGAUAAUCUAGUGGUUUAGUGUUUAAGGACAAGAAUUAAAACACUUACAUCCAUUUGCCUUCCCACUGCCCCAUGCAGGUCCUUUUAUAAAAGUGCCUGUGACGCUUUGACAGUAAACAAUCUGCAGUCUGAGCAAGCAGUGCUAUUCAGCAGGGAGGAAUUGAAGUGCCCUUUUCACCUUCUACUAUAUGCUGCAGGCUGCGGAGAUAAUUUUUUUAAGUCUAGGCCUGGGCUUGUUGGUGGCAGAUAUGAAAUGGGAAAUGAGUUGCUGACCUAUUUCUACAGCAAGCUUUCCUUGCAUUUUGCACUUUAAGGCCCCAAACUAUUAACACAAUGGAUUCAGACAGUUUAGCUGAACAAUACAUUAAUUUUAAUAGGGAUGUACUAACGCGAGAGGAUGAGGGAGUUCUUCUUUAAAUUAGAACAGGCACAGAAUGGUGAUUAGAAAUACAAUGUGUAAAUUGGCAAUUAAGCAUGCACUUCCCUAAAAAAAAAAUUGUAAAUGUAUCAGAGAAGAACAAUAAACCAUGUUCAAAGCUCCUACAGUAAGUUGAAUCCCAUUUUAGUCAUUCUUGAAGUAGGGCAAUUGAAAUCAAAGGAAAGUAAUGACUGAGUUAAGUCACAUUGGUUUUACUAGGUUUUCCCGUUGUCUUCAACCUAAAGUAUUCUGCUCGGAGUAUAGCCAUGUUUCUUGGAGGAUUGUUGGUACCUGUAUUAUUGAGUGCAAUAGAGGAGAUUGUGAUUAAGGCUAGGGUGCUGUCCCUAAUUAGAUACUGCCAUUAUAUUUCAAUAAUACAUGCAAAGUGAGCACUGAAUCUACACAUAUAUUAAAAAACACUGUGAAAAUGCUUUUUUGAAAAACGUUUUGAAAAAUACAUUGAAUUUGCCAUAGCUCACUGUCUUCAUCUAGUGUCACAUUUACAGCAUACUUAAACAGUUUCUAUUUGCAGCUGUAUAGCAUAGUCCUGAGUAUUUCUAGUUGAGCUGCUUGUCAUUAUUUCUCAACUAAACACACACACACACUCCCCGCUGCCAAUUAUUAUUGGGUGUGCUGUACACUCAGGCUUCCUUUCCUUUGUCCAUUAAACUGAGCAUUUCCUCUUUCAAAACGUUAAAACCAUAUCCUGUUUCCUUGACAUUAAUAUUGUCCAAGGCCAUAGGUGGCGUUUAGAUCUUGCACAAAAGAGAAUUUAACUGUCUUUCCCUAGUUUGAUGUUUUACUACAGCUUGCAUCUGAGGUUGAGGGCUGCUUUCUUUUCAUCGAGGUUUUAUUCCUUUUGAAAGAAGAAUGUCAUCCACUAUUUGCCUUGAAACAGUUCAAGCUUGUUUUCAUUUACUUGGAAGCGAGCCAAAUUCAGGAGACCAUUGUUAACUGCACCUUGGAAGCAAUGUAACUAUCCUGGAAUGGUUCCACUCAGAAGCCCUAGAUGUAAGCUUUUAGAUUUGCAAGAAUAGCACAGCUGACCAGGAUUGCUUUAGCUUAUAAACAAAAUGAGCUGUGUUGCUUUUCUUUAAGAAGUGAAAUGAAUACAAUAGAAAUCAGCUUCAGUACUGGGACUUCCAAAACUGAUGGAAACAUAAAAUUAAAUGGACAGCUAAUGAAGGUGAUCAAAAGCAUGGCUGAGAAGCCCUUUUAUCCAUGGGGAUAUGUCUAGUAGCAUUUUUACUUGCUUUCAGAAACUUUUCAAAUAAUAUAUUCCACAUGUGCAAAUGUAAACAUAAUGAAAUUGCUGCUCAUUGGAGGAGUCCACUUAUACAUAAUAGAUAGUCAGCAGAAAAUCUUUACAUUAGAAACCAUAAUCCUUUUGUAUAUUUACUUUAUCCUAUUCAUAAUCUGAAAAAGAUAACAUUCAUAAAAUGCAGUUUUUGGUAGCCAUAUUCACAUGUGACUAUUCAACUUGGAGACUGCAUUCAGAAAAGCAGAGCUUCAUAGCUGCAAUACACCUCUCUUCAAAUUCCAAAUAAAAGUACUCAUUUUCCUACAUUUGCAAAUCCCCCUCCUUUGUUCUUCAUUGUGAUGUUCACCCCUUCUUAGUAUUUUCUUUACAUUUAUUAUUAUGCUACUGUAAAAGGAUCAGCUGCAUGCCUAGCACUGCACAAAAGGGCUUUCCCAAUCUGUGUUAGAUCAUGGAACAAGUAGACAAAGAGAAAUGGACAAAAAGGGGGCAAAAUUGCUUUAGAGCUUAGGGUGUUCAGUUUUCUUUUGUGGUCUCGUAGUGUGGGCAUGCACCUUUUCCAGCUAUUGUACAAUGAACACCACAAAUGAUGGCUUGAAUGAUAUUCGGGAGUUGGGUGGGUAUGAUUUCUCUUAGAGUAUGGUUAAUUUAAAACCUUUACAAAGAGAGGAACAAUUAUUAUUUUUUCUGUACAGAGGAUAGAUAUUCCUGUUGAUCAGGCAGGCUAGGAAAGAGUUACGUAUUUGUCUUGUCAAAACUGCUUAACUAUGUUGAGGUGAAUUACUUUUUCUCCAGACUUAUGUAGACAUUUAUCCUUUAUCAUGAGGUUAUUCUAAAGCUAACCGGAUACUGGGAGGAGAGAACGUUGUGUCAUUGAGCUUGAUAAUAGAAUCAAACAAAUGCUCAGUGCUACAUGUUUCAGCCUACAGAUGGUCUUACUGUAAGUUCAGCCAGCUUUUAUCUCUGGUUUAGCUGCUAUGACAACUGCACUGCUUUCAAAUGCCUUGUACAAAUGAUCUUUGAGAGUGCUGAAAGUCAUUGAUAUUCUGAGUGUUUUUCUACUGCAGGCAGCAACAAACCUUCCCUGUACUCCAGCUCAUAUUUACUGUUAUCAUAGAGGGUAAUGAAUGCACGUUUUGUCAUUAGACAAGUGGACUGAAAGUGAUAAAACUAGGAUUGCAGCUUUAAAAAUAAACUAAGCACAGUUACAAGAGCGUAUGCCCCACUGAAAACAGUGUGGCUUACUUCUGAGUAAACAUGCACAGAAUCGCACUAUAAUGCUUUAUACACUCCUCCCCCCCCCCCCAAUUGCCAAUAGCUUUUUCUUCCUUUUCUUUUCUGUUUAUUUCCUCCUCCCCUCCCUUCUGUUUUGAAAUUCUGGUAUCAUUUCAUGAGGGGAGGGGGAGAGAUAAGGGAAAUUCAGGCGUGUUCAUAAUUUGUCUGGUUUUCCCCCCCAUUUUAUUUUAAACAUAGCUAUGUAAAGAAGGCUUGCCAUUUAUUCUGAAUUGACAUAAUUGUCACAUUAAAAAGUUAUUUUUAAAAUACACGACCAGGUUGCAGUUACAUCAGUGUUUCCAGAUCCAGUCAGAAUAAUAGCCACAAAAAAUAGUCUCUCCCAUUAUCCAGGCGUAUCAUCCCCCAUGGUGGGUAAUCUCAUAACUGUGGUGGUGAGAUUGAGAGCAGGCAAAAGGAACCAGUUUCAGCAUUUCAGAAAACAGUUCACCCUGACCUGAGGCACAUCAAAGGCUUCCCAAUUUCAGUCUUUUGGUGCCUUGGUUCCCACCCAUGGUUGCAGUACUCAGACUCCCAGCUCAGUUAUUGUUAAAGGCUUUAUUCCGAAAUUCACUGCAAUGCCCAAAUGUAGAUCAGACCACAGUUUACACAGUUCAGAAGUUCACAACAGAGCUCUAAAAUGCAUGGUUAGGAGUAAGCUAAAAUGUCUUGACACUUAACACGCUCCCUGAGCUCCCCUUUGAAGGACAGAGUGGGCACUGUUCAAUCAAUCAACCAACCAAUCAAUCAGUCUUUUUUGUGGUUAAAGACCAGACAGCAAAGUCAACAACAACAACAUAUGCAACAUCUGCAUGAAGAAGUGGACAUAAUUAAAAAAUUCCCUAUAAACUUAAUUACAUUAAAAAUAACACUCCUUCAGCUAAACUCUGUAUUCCAGAAAUUAAAAGUGCACAGUUGUUGUCCCGAAAUAUGGGACUAGGCAAGCCAGCAAGCCCACCUACGAGUAGGUUGGGUCUGCUUACACCAGCAUAGCCACUGCAGCAUUCUUAGUGAUGGACAUGUAGUUGACAUGGCUUGCCUCACGGUCUGCUCUAGUCUUGGAUUCCUCCUUUUCGGGACAGAAGAUACUUCACUAACAAGGUGGGUUGCCAGAGUCAAGUCAGGUAGUUCUACUGUGCCAGUCAAGGCACCCCAUAACACUGAUGUGGGAAUCUCUGCCAACAACAAACUGGGCACAUUCCCACCAUCUAGACCAGCGUUUCCUAGAUCUAUUGGCCCUCUCCAGGAUCCAGUUCUGCACAUCUGUCCCAUUCUUCUCCCGCUAUGACCAGCUUUGCCGAGAUAUCUCAAUGCAGUUCAUGACAGCUGAGCUCAUUUGUACAGUGGUGCCCCGCAAGACGAAUGCCUCGCAAGACGGAAAAACCGCUAGACGAAAGGGUUUUCCGUUUUGAAGUUGCUUCGCAGGACGAAUCCCCUAUGGGCUUGCUUCGCAAGACGAAAAUACCUUGCGAGUCUUGAGAUUUUUUUCGCUUUUCCCCCUUUAUCUAAUCUGCUAAGCCUUUAAUAGCCUUUAAUAGCCUUUUAGCAGCUAAUCCCCUAAGCCUUUAAGCCUUUAAUAGCCGCUAAACAGCUGAUAGCGCUAAUAGCGCUAAUCCGUCAAUGGGCUUGCUUCGCAAGACGAAAAAACCGCUAGACGAAGACUCUUGCGGAACGGAUUAAUUUCGUCUUGCGAGGCACCACUGUACUCUCCAGCACUACUGGGAAAUUUAUAAAAUAGCUGCAAUUUUGUUCCCCUUUCAACAGAAGUGAAUGAAAUUUGUAGGCACAGUAGUUCAUUCAGAGUAGAUAAGGUCAAAUUAAAUUGUCUGCCAAGUUGCAAAUCUUCAGGGGAUUUGUUUUUUUAAAUCUUCAAAUCUUCAGGGGAUUUGUUUUUUUUAAUGUUUUGAUUUUGAGAUGGGAUACUGAGGGUGUAAUUCCUGCCACGCCUGACUAAUUACUCCCUCAGGAAAUGCAGUGUUUAACAGAAAAAUGGUUGCCUACCCUUGCUAUGUGCAAAGCAGAAAGGUAGCACAAAAUGUAAACUUCUCUCCUUAGUCUAGCUAGUCCACUCAGUAAUAUUCUUCUUUGCUUUUUAUUUAUUUUUUUUAAAAAAGGUUACCUGUUUGCAAGACUUUUUUGGUGAUGAUGAUGUUUUCAUUGCCUGUGGACCUGAGAAAUAUCGUUAUGCUCAAGAUGAUUUUGUACUAGAUCACAGUGGUAAGUACUGUCUGUACAUUUGUUUUGAACCAUAAGCUCCCAGUGCUUAUGAAAGCACUGAGUGGCAUUGUGACUGCAUACUCCCCCUCCCCCUCCCCCCCGCCCCCAUGUAUAUUGCACUGAUAAAUGGGCUAAAUGUAAAUGGGGUGUAUCAUGCGUUAGGGGAGGAGUAGUACCUCUGGUAGAAGACAUGCCGUGCUCCUUCUGGAGUAGUUUGUCCACCUUUGGUCCCAACCCUGUACUCAGUUCUCACCUGUGGCUCCUAGAAGCUGCAUGCGACAGUGGCCACACCCUGAGAAAUGGCAUUGACUGGCUGGCUAAACCAGGUGAAGGUAGCCAAUGGGUCUCAAACCCUUGGUGAGUUAGGCACUUGCCCUGCAUGUGAAGACAGGCAAGAAGGUCAAGAAGGUAGUUUCUGCAGAUGAUGUAGAGGGAAGUGAGGGGAAGAUGAGGCUCAUCAACCUGGGAAGGUAGCCAAUCUAGGAAAAGGAAAACACUGAUCCUAAACCUCCGAUGCCUUGUGGAAUAUCUUUGGGAGCAGAAAAAGCUAAGGAAUAAAUGCUACACAAAUCCAGAGUAGAAUCAAGUCCCUAAGGCAUUUUGAUUCUGUUUUGUAUGCCUUCUUCUGACAACAAAUGCAGACAGGCUGGUGGCAAAUGUAUUGUUCUUCUUUCCUUUGGACCACAUCAGCGAGGCUGAGAGUAGGGUCUUGUUGCCUGGGCAGCCCAGGACCUCCAUACUGGAAGCAUAGAUGAAAACCAGAGGUGGGUUUAGAGGAGCGUGACUGCUUUCGUUGCACUGGGCACUGAGCCUUGGGAGCACAACAGGGGACACUGCAACUAUGAUUUAGAAUGGAACACAAGAAGCGGGAGGGGGCACCUGUUUUUCAUGAGAAAUUUGAGACCCCAAGUUCCGCCACUGUGAGAACCUAAACUCUGUAAAGGGGACCUGUGAGGGAAGAACAUACAUUCCUGCAAAUCGGAGGGUCUUGUGCAGUCCAUUUUAAAGAAACCAUGCCAUCUAGAAAAAUAUACCACUAGCAUUAUUCCCUGUGCACAUCAAUGAUGGGAAGAUGAUGGGAUGAUGCAAUACGACACAAAGGGUUCUUGGAGAGGCAAUAGGGAGCAUCAAGGCAUUCUAAUCCCUGGGAUCCAUAUGAACCAGAAUCAUAGAGUUCUGCUGAAGGACCUAAGAAAACAGAUUUGCUAGAGACUGUUGUUUAUUAAAAUAGCUAACUGCACAGUAGUCUAAGGGACAGUUCAACUUUCAGUUUAAAACUUCUAGUGUACAUUGUGUCGCCUAUUCAUUAUGUAGGAGCAGCAAACAGAUUGCAGUCUCAGUGGGCACAAUAAUUACGCUUACAGUUGGAUCAGAAAGACACUGGUGUGAACAGGUGGAAGAGGACUUGCUCCAGUCAGUUUUGAUGAAAUAUGCAAUAUGUUAACAUUCUUUUAUAUUCUCUUAUUUGUAAAAUAAAUGAUCUGCUUUUCCAACAGAAAUGAGACAUAUAUAAAAUUCAUAUGUACACUCUUCUAUUGUAACAGAAUAAACAACCAAAUCUAGUUUUAAAGCAAUCUGGGGAAAAAAUAAUUUUCCAACAUUUGAUCAGAUGUCAACAAGUUUAUAAGCUUAUAAAUUUAUAAACUCCUUUUGGUUCAUUUAAGAAAAACUGUUUAUGAAAUGAGUAUGUUUGGGUGAUAAAUCUAGUUGGUAGGUGGUUUUGUUGGAAGUGAUUGCAACUCUAAAAAUAUUUCUUCUGCUAUCCAUCUGUUUGUUUACAGAAUGUCGUGUUAUGAAAUCCUCUUAUUCCCGUUCAUGCGGGAUAUCAAGGUAUUCUGGAUCUAAAAGCCCUGGAUCUAAAAGCCCUGGACCUUCACGUCGAAGUAAAUCACCAGCUUCAGGUACAGCUGCCUGGGUGGAUGGGGGAAAUGUGCAUUUAGAACUUUGUUUAAUUAAUAUAUUUUCUGCUCGUCAAUCCCCAGCAGCUCUCACACACAGCAUGUCUACCAAUAAAAUAAAUAACUUUUAAACAGCAGAACAAUAAAAUUAGAGUCAAUAGUUGUUUAAAUAUCAUUUGUUAAACAGCAUCUAGAAAUCCUUGGCAAAUAAAAAGGUUGACACUUGACUGAAAAAUAACAAAGUCUGUACCAGAAAAGCACCACCAGGGAAAGAAUGGCAAAGUAUCACCACUAAAAAGGCCACCUUUAUCACUACUGACACCACCUUUAUCACUACCGGCAGCAGAUAAAACCUGCAGAGGGGCCUCUUGAUGAAGACUUUGGCACCCAUGGAAGUUCGUGUAGUAACACGUGUUUUUUUGACAUGUGCUCUUGCUUAAUGGCUGUGCCCCACCAUGACACCCUAUUUCUCACCUUAAGCUCACCCAAAAUGGUGAGGCAAAAUUACACACUCCCCAAGCCUGAGGGAGAUGCAAGGGUUGCAGAGGAUGAAUAUGAAUAAAUUCAGUUGUACACAUUUAAGUGUUUUCCCUUCGUCCACUCUAUUCUUCUUUUUGAGGCCCAUGACUUUCUUACUCCUUUUUUCUCUGUGGUAUCCUUAGCCAACACAAAAUGCAUCUUCCUUCUUCCUUUCUCUUUGUGUCCCCCCCCCUUUUUUACAGUGCUUGUUCAGUGUGGUAUAGUGGUUAAGAGUGGUAGACUCGUAACCUGGGGAACCGGCUUCGCGUCUCUGCUCCUCCACAUGCAGCUGCUGGGUGACCUUGGGCUAGUCACACUUCUUUGAACUCUCUCAGCCCCACUCACCUCACAGAGUGUUUGUUGUGGGGGAGGAAGGGAAAGGAGAAUGUUAGCCGCUUUGAGACUCCUUCGGGUAGUGAUAAAGUGGGAUAUCAAAUCCAAACUCCUUCUCCUCCUCCUCCUCCUCUUCCUCCUCCUCCUCCUCCUCCUCCUCCUCUUCUUCUUCUAUUAGGUUUUUUUGCCCCAGUUAUGUUUUUGAUUAUGUCUUUCAGUCCUGUUCCAGUGUCAGUAUUUUAAAAUAUCAACGUUUUAGGGGAAGUGGUUCACUGACAACCGGAGAACAACAGAUUGUUGAUGUGCUGAAUCAAAAAGCUACUCAUUACAGUGGCCCAACAGUACCAUCCAGAAGUUUGGACUUAAGUGUACAUAAGGAAGAAGACAGAAUAAGUCUACAGGCUGUUGUUGUCAUUAAAGACCUGAACAUAGAGCAAAAGACUUGCUGGUUUUCUUACUGCAGAGUCAUAUGAGAUUCUCUCCCAGGGAAAAUAUUAAAAGUCCCCCACCCACCCAAGCAUAUUACCUUGCCCUCUAGGCUUUUUCAGCUUUUGGAUGGCAUAUUUCAUUUGUGUGGCGUAACCAUUCAUAAAGAGAAAUUAGACUUUGGAACAUAAUAGGCGACUGGAAAUGAGAGACACAUAAUUAACCACCUGAGGUGAAAGUUGACAGGUUAGCUUAGGGCAGUUACCAGGUGACUUUAUCAUAAACAGGUUAUUGAAGUAGCAUCCGCACACCAUAGGCUCAGGCCCAAGGUUUGGGGAGAUGUGAAAGGUUUGAGCAUUCAUGAUGCAUUUAUAAAGUUAGUAUUUGAUCCGUAGGUGCAACAGACCUAAUUGCUUUAGGUGGUUUUAUCCCAUCUCCAAUAUGGCACCCCUACCUUUCCCACAACUCGACAAUUUCCAAAUAACUCAGUUUAUCUAGAUCUCCAGUUCUGUUAGUUCGUAAAUUCAUUUGAAUUGGAUUAUGCAUAGUAGUAAAUAUAGGCUCACUGUAAGCCUUUCUGGAAAACCACUUCUUGCUUUUUCCCUUUUUAUGUUAUCUUUCUUCCUUUCAUGUCUCUGAAUAACCUAUAUCCUGUCUUUUUCCUUUGUGUCAAUUGAAUGAAUACAGUAAAGAGGGGUGGCCAUUACUCCAGUGCUUACUCUUCAGCAAAAUCCCCAGGUGAGCCAUGGCAGUUAUGGCUGUGUACCAACACUUGUCUCCUACCUUUUCAUUUUUAACCCUUCCAUCUGCUUCUGUGUGCCUAUUAUUUUGCACUGUGUGUUUUUAUGAUUUGUAAAACUAAGACAUGGUGAGUUUAUCCUGUCUCUAGGUAGACCUUGGAAAGGAAGAACUUAGGCAUCAGACACCUGUGGUUAGUAUACAAUGGAGCUAAAUUUGUUAAGAUAUAAGCCGGCCAGUACACAAGUAGUACUGGGGGGGGCAGUAUAUUUAAAAUUCUGUAUGAAAUGAGCAAUAUUAGCUGACAGCAAUGGUUCCCAAAACUUAAAUUCAAGUUUAAGUGUGGUAUGGUAUGCAAAUAAAGCUCAAAGUUGAAGCAAUGUCUUUUAAAACACUAUGCCCAGUUAUUUAGAGAAGCAUGUGAGUAUUAAGACACUAAUUAACUUCAGCUAAGGACUUGUGGACUGAUCCAUGUACAUCAGUUGCUUGGUCCAUGGUGGCAUCAAAGUUUGAUGUUACCUGACUUAACAAUGGGAAUUUAUCUAGUUUGCAAUAGAAAAAUGUAAUUGAAAUAAGCUGCCUUGCUUCUGCUCACAGUGAAAAAGCAAAUCAUUUUGUCUCCGUGUGUUUUUUUAUUGUGUGUGGAGUUUGCUUGCUUGCCUUUAUCCCAUGUGCUCUUCUGGAAGGUAGGUUGCAUAUUGUGCUAGUCCACCAUUUCCUCCCACUUGAACAUAGCUACUGGGAGGUUAUGAGGAAGUUUUUCAUUUGCUUUCUGUGGGGUUGAGUAUCUCUGUGUGGACCCUAACUAAGGAGUCCAAGAACCAAGCAGCGUCUGUAUGAUGUCCCUAAUUUCUGGGUGAUAAUACAGUGACAGGAUUUCAAGGUCCCUCUUGCAGCCCCAAGGGGGAGGAAAUUCUCUUUCCAUGUUGUAAUGUUUUGUUUGUGGGCCAGGUGGGAAGCUGUGUUGCUUGGGACUCUGAGGCUGGCUCAGGUAAUGUACACUAAUACCUUUAAAGCACAUUCAAAGCCCAUUUCCCCCCUCAAAUAACUUUGGGCACUGUUGUUAUGGGUUGCUGGGAACGGUAACUCUGUGAGGGAGCAAACGACAGUGCCCAGAAUUUUUGUGGAAAAAUAAUGGGCUUUGAAUGUGCUCAAAAGGCAUAGUGUGUCCACAUAGUUUCAGGCUAAAGGGAGAAUGCUACCUUGGAAGGAUUAGUGUUAGGGAGCGUAAUAAUACAAAAGUGGGAUAAGGUACAUAUGAACAUAUGAAGGUCAGAAACAUGUGUUUUCUAUAGGUAACUAUUUUUAAAACACAGAUUCUGGGGAUGAAGUGAAAAAGGCAAUAGAGUAAGAUCUUCCUAUUCACAUAAAUGUUAACUUCUUCUAGAACAGGCAUGUCCAACUCCCAAGAGAAUGCAAUCUACUCCCAGUACAAAAAAGUUGUGGAGCUUUUUUGCUAGAAAAAGAUGUGCUUACAAUUUUGUGCACCGACAAAGCAAACCACUAACACCAGGGAUGGGUGGCAGGGUCACUACUAGCCCGUGAUUGACCACUAAUGUGAGGCAAUCGACUUGUUGGACAUGCCUUUCUAGAACAUCUUGGAAGCUGGUUCUUACAUCUUGGUGGCAAGAUGCUAACUUCUACUUAUUUAUUUACUGUAUCUAUACAUAAUGCCACAGAAUAACAGUUCCCUGUGCAGUCGCAUUAGCAGGUUGGCUCCUAAAUAUUAAAGAAUUAAAAGUAAAUUCCUUUUUAAAAGCAGCUAGUUUGGAAGGCUUUGUUUUCAGACAGGUUCAUCACUGCAGGCAUUCACACAGCAAAAACAAUGGUGCCUGUUAAAUGAAUGUUCUGUUACCCAUUAUAGAUAUUCUUUACACAGCUGAAAAAGUGUAGGUGGUAACUAGCAUUUCCAUGGAAACCGAAUGUCUAGCUGGCAGGCUAAUUUUUUUUCUUAAAGGAGCAGCAGUCCUUAACUGAGCUGCAGUUGAAAUCAAUCUUGCUCUUUGGAAGAUUUCCUCUUACUACUUCUUCCUUGGGAGACAUGGAAUAUAUUGUUCAUCAGAGAGCCUUGCAAAUAAGCUAAUAGAUGGUGCAUAUUAAGAGUCUUAAGUUGUGUGAAAUGGUGGAACCCAUUUCAGACUGAACUGAAGGAGAAGCAACGUAUUUUCACAUAUAUAGAAACCCCUCAAAAUUAAAAUAUGAAAUGUAUUUGUAUAUUUAAAAGCAUACUAAUGGGAAGCUGUUUCUUGUCAAAAGCAUGUUUCAACAUGGAAGAAGAUGCAAAUAAUUUUUUCAAGUAUUUUAUUUUUAAGAGAAAUGAUCACAUAGAAAAUAAGCAUGGGUUUGUUUGUUUUUUUGCUUUUAUAAUUGUUCUUGGUAAUUUGGAUACAGUGUACUCUGUAAUAUAUUAAACUGCUCUGUGGCCGUGAUUAUUUUUCAAGUACCCAUUGGCUGAUGUGACCUGAUAACCUUGAAAUGUUCACCAUCACCAACGUUUUUAAUUCAUGGAAGAAUGUACCCAGCACCAUAGAAUGUUGAUAUAUUGCCAUUGUUGAGUCAAGUGAAAAGUCAUUUGGGCUGUGGUUGAAACAUCACAAUAGGCUGUAGGGACAGGGCAAGCUAUGUAGACAAGAUCGAGAGUCUGAACGCUUUGACAGAAGAGGUUCUGAGAUGUAGAAAAGCUAAAGGAUAGUGUGGCUAGAUGAAGGGGAAAGAGUAGGCAGUGUGCCAGAAAAAAAUGUGGCUUUGAGUAGGUAGAGAGAGGGGGGGAAACCAGUGAUAGAACACAGCUGUGGAAAGAAAUCUUAAGAAGGAAGGCUCAGCUGUGUGCUUGUUGGUCUUAGCAAGCCCUUGGUCACUGCAUCGUGCUGCUCUUAAGAUAAUGCCUAGCUUUAUGUAUAUUUUAUUGCUAGCUGCUCUGUUUAACAAAGAUUAACAGGAUAUUAUCUAAAAGGAACAUAUCAUAUCUUAACAGGAAUUUCAGCUUUUGUUUUAUUGGUGAUAACAACUUCUUUUCCUUCUUUUGCCCUUGUUAUUCCCAAUAGUAAACGGAGCUCCAAGUAGCCAGCUUUCAACUCCCAAAUCAACAAAAUCUUCUAGUUCCUCACCAACAAGCCCAGGCAGCUUUCGGGGACUCAAGGUAUGUUUUAGAAAGUUUGCCCUAUUUCAGCUUAAAUACUAAUUCUGCUUUGGAAUAUUGCCUUUGUGGUUGCAAGAAAACACCAGCUUCAUGCUAUAUUAAGCAAUGAUUUUAAAAAAAAUAUUAUUCCAUUGCAAUGUACAAUGCAUGAAAGCAGUUGCAGAGUAGUUAAAAUGUAGGUUGAACCCAAUAUUGCAAUGAGUAAAAUAAUCUAUGAUUCUGGUUUAAACUCUAUCCACUGGCUUAGAGAGCUGCCCUAAAUGGGGCCAAAGAGCAACAGGAGGCAGCAAAGGAUCCACCAGCCAGGGUGGAAAGUGGGGGGGGGGUGACUCCCCCCAUCAGCCCCAGGCUACCAUUGCUAAGAAGCCUGCCCCUCAAGGAUCCAUGGGAUGUAGUAUCCAGCAAAUCCCAAGCCUCUGGCACCCUGAAACUCCCCAUUUCAGGGCUUGCUGCUGCCUACUACCCCUAGCAGAAAUGAAAAUGGAAGCCUACUGCCCAUGGAGGUGAAGCUGGGCCAUCUGCCAUGGUACAGAAAUCUGUCCCAUAACAGAGCUCCUUUCCAUUACCAAUCCGUCAGGGGCCAGGGGCUGAACUCAUAGUUGUUUUUAGUGAAAUUGGUCAGUACAGUCAGUAAACUCUAUCUCAUCCUUCAUUGUCGAUUUUGUUUAUUUAUAUACGUUUUUGUCAAGUGUGUACUUGACAGCUUGCAGCAUUUAAAAAUAAGAACAGUGUAGCACCAUAAUCGACUAAACCUUAAUAAAAAAGGCCAUGCAGCAAACCAAACACAGUAAAAACAAAAACCAUAGAAAAAGGAAUGCCGUUUUGCAUGCUCAAUUUGUUUAUAUUUAGUGCAUGUCUUAAAAGACAGUCGGUUAUUACGAGAAUUAGGGUAGUUAAAAUCCUUUAUUUUAUCUCUCCAGUAUGCAGCUGUUUGGGUGUACACUUCAGCUGUGCUUUGUUCACUUGGGUUCUGAGUAAUCUUAACUGAUAUAUCUGAAUUAGAACAUGGCUUGAGACAAUGCUUGUGUCUGCAUCUGGAAUGCAUUCCCAACACCCAUGCUUCUGGGAAAAUGUCCAACAGGAAUAUAUGCCGUUCAAAUAAUUUAACCCCUAAAAUACAACAAUUACAAGUAUACAUAUCACUGAACAGUUGGAUACUGUUGAUAAAAUUUUAUUAUGUAUCUGCUUGAAUUUUGUUCUGUUCACGUGCUGUCCAUGAGGAGGAGUAAAAUUAAACUUUUGUUUGUUUUUAAGUGACUUAUUUAUUUUAUCCUUUCCUUGAGAGAUCCCUAUAACAACUGAGCUGUGGUUAGGAUGAAAUAAUGUGUAGACUGGUCUCCUUGAAAUACUUGGUUUCUGUGCACUGUCUGGAUCAUUCUGCCAUGUCUCUUCAUUUAGUGAUGCUGAAGCUCAAGCUCAAGCAUGGCAGAAGAUGCAUGUCUCCAUCUUUAAUUUCUGCCUUUCCCUCUGUUGUAACUUAGUACAGUGGUGCCCUGCAAGACGAAUGCCUCGCAAGACGAAAAACUCGCUAGACGAAAGGGUUUUGCAUUUUUUGAGUCGUUCCGCAAGACGAAUUUCCCUAUGGGCUUGCUUUGCAAGAUGAAACGUCUUGCGAGUUCUUGCGAGUUUGUUUCCUUUUUCUUAAAGCCGCUAAGCCGUUAAUAGCCGCUAAGCUGCUAAGCCGUUAAUAGCCGCUAAGCCGCUAAUAGCCGCUAAGCCGCUAAUAGCCGUGCUUCGCAAGACGAAAAAACCGCAAGACGAAGAGACUCGCGGAACGGAUUAAUUUUGUCUUGCGAGGCACCACUGUACUCAUCCUAGCAAAAUUGGUAAGGAACGAUCAGCUGAAAACCUUGCCUUGUCAUCUCUAUUCGGAUUUAUAUCCUAUACUUCAUUUGAAUUGCAAUAAACUGUUGGUUGUUUUUUUAAUUGUGUCAGCUGUGGGUUCUUAAACAUGUUGAUUUUGUGUGUACCUCCUUUUGCCUGUUACAUGGCUUGGAUUGCUAGAAGACUCUCAACUCAUGCUAUGCAACUUAAAAGGACUGGCUAUCUACAUCACAUUCAUGUAGUUUAUUCAUUCAAGUAAUAGAUUUGUUGUUUCAGAACAGUACUGCUUACCAGAAAAACACCACAUCUCCGCAACAAAUGUCCCUACUCCCCACCCCACUGCCUUAACUGGAAAGCCUACUUACAAGGAUAGGAAAUCAAGGGCUAUAAUUUGUGCAGCUUCGUUUUUGCUACUCAGCACAAAUGCUGAAUUGCUGAUUCACUGAAAAACUUGGCAGCCGCCCCAAUAUAAUUGCAUCCAGAAGAAUACAGGACAAUGUUCUUUUGACUGGUCUGAAAGUGAAAGAAAGACAAUUAGAAAUUGUAUUACUCUUGUUAGUUUUAAAUAGAUCUUGAUUUACGUAUGUCGGCAGCAACAACAAAAAAUGCAUCCAACAAUUCUCGAAUAUGUUAAUUCUCUAGUGCUAACGUCCUUUGAAAGAUUUCAUUAAGCCCAAUAGACUCUUUGAGAUGAAAGAGAAGAAUUUAUAUCAUAUUAGAGUACUUGGCCUUCCUUACGGUUGGCCGAAGAGGCUAAUUGAGAGCGCUUUGGGUACCCUUGCUGUCAGCUCCAGUAACCAUGGAGUUGUGAAAGGAAGAAGCAGCACAAAUAUGUUAGGCUGUGCUGAGAAUGCAGACUGUGGAGUUCUUUACCAAGCUAGGGGCAGGGGCAAAAGAGUAAUUGACUUAAGCCAGCUGAUUGGCUGAGCCCUGCUCUUCCUAACCAGCUUCUGGAGAGGAGAAACUGUGUACAACCCUGCUCCUGCUGGCCAGCAUUCAAGACCAUCUCCUUGCAAUUCUAUCUUGAGUUGACUUGUAGCUGGGGGUCCUCCAUCUAUGCAGGUGCUUGUCAUUAAUUCAACCUGCAAGUCAUGACCAACACCAAUCAGCCAAACUGCAGCAUAAAACAGACUGCAUGGAGUUGGCAAAAAAGAGGGGGCCACAAGGCCAAUCAGAGAACACUGCCAAAAUAAUUCUAUUCAGCCCUCCAAAUCAUAAGGCAUGUAGGAUGCCAUGCUGAAAAGGACUACUCAUGAGGAGGGAGCAGCAGUGCCUUUUUAGUGGCAUCGCUUCCUUGCUGCAUUGUGUGCCAAGUGCCAAGAUGCUGCCAUAUUCCCCCCACCACGUGAUCUUUAUUUUAGAAUCACAUGGGACUGCAAAUAUACUCCCUGCUUGAUAUGGCGGAGCAGCUUUCGUAUAGUGCCAAACCAUAGCUUAGCGUUAAAUGCAAAUGUUGUCAAUUAGGCUGAAUAAUGUAGUCGAUUCUAGUGACUUGGAAAGGAGAUAACAACAUAGUACAUUAUCUAAAGAUUACCAUUGUUAUUCUGUGUCCUGUGACAAUUGACUGAAAUUGAAAACUCUAAAAUAGUUUAGGUUUUAAUCCUAACCCCACAUACCUGGUCAUAAACCUCAUUGAAUUCAGUAGAAUUUAGUGCUAUGUAGACAUGGUUUAGACUGUGCUGUUAGUUGUUUGUUAUGUGAAAGAUUAUUUUCAUCCACCCUAGUUUUAAAUUUCAUAGCCAUGAUACUAAUUUUUAUGAAGUGUUCUUUGCUUUUAAGGAAACAAAAUCUGUGCUUUUAAACAAAACAACUGAACUGAGCAGAAAAUAACUAAUAAGUCAAUGCAAUAAAUAGUAAUCUAUUUUGUCUGUCUUGUUUCUGGUUCUAUUACAAAAAUAUCUUCUGAAAGAACUAUGUUGUAUUAUUUUGGUGCAGGAGCCAUCUAGGGCAUCAUCAUCAACAAAAAAUGUACAGAUGUUGUUGCAGCCAUCUUGCAUAUUUGUCUGGCAGACAGUGUUAUUUUUGUCUUUCUUAAACUUAACUCGCUGUCAGUGAUCUAGUUUGUGUUGCCUUUUGCUGUCUUGAUGUAGCUCCUGUUGACUGCUUUGGGCACAUAUUGGUGUCCUGGGAAAUCUUACAAUAAAACCUGAUCUGCCAGUUGAAUUAUUGUCAUUAUUGCUGGUGAAAUGAUUUAAAAUAUUUUGCUGCAUAACCAGGCACUGAAAAUGCUGACCUUGCAUUCCCUUGUGCUGUCCAAUAUCAUUUUGACAGAUCUUGAGCUCAGGCUAGAGAAGUAUUUUAAGCACCCUGUGACAAGUGAUGAAAGUUCGUGUGAUAAUCUUUUAAAUGAGAGUACAGUGAAGACUGAAAAGGGCAAAGACAUUAUCUGAAAGUGAAACAAGAAAACCAGGAGGGAGACAAAGAAGUUGGAGAGAAUUUAAAGAGGGGAAACUUGCUAAGGGGAAACUUAGUGCUAGCUAAAAGAAUUUCAAAACGCAAACUCUUCAAGGAGCAAUCUUGAGACUUCCAAAUUCUGCAAAAGCAGCCCAUGUAAAUAUCAUUUAUCUGUCUGGCCUUCUUUGUGGUGCCAGAUAGGUAGAAAUAUUUGUGUAAGCUGCUUCAGCUAUGCUACCUAAUUUCAGACUUUCAGAUUGUUCUGGAAAAAUUGACCUGUGUUGCAAAACACAUGGAGCUGUAAUAAAGCCUUAGUUGGCACUUUGGAGAACUAUUAAUUGAGAGUGAAAAUUAUGCUUGAAAUUUAUGUAUUUAUUAAUUAAAUUUGUAUUCCUCCCUUCACCCAUAUAUCACAGGGUGGUUCAAAACACAAAAAUACAAAAUGAAAAUACAAAGUGCAUAAUAAAACAAAAGCAGAAGCAAAACAAACCAGUAAUCCCCUUCCCACAGUCACAUGUUAAAGGCCAAAAGCCUGGGUGAAGAGAAACCUUUUCACCUGGUGCCUAGAGAUACGUAAUGAAGGUACCAGGCAAACCUCCUUGGGGAGAGGAUUCCACAAAUGGGGAGCCACUGCAGAAAAGGCCCAUUCACUUGUGGCCAUCUUCUGGAACUCUCCUGGGGGAGAAACCUGAAGAAGUGCCUGGCUCGGUUUAUAUAGGGACAGGUGGUCCUUGUAGUAUUGCAGUUGAGGGUUGUUUAAGGCUUUAUAGGUCAAAAACAGCACUUUGAAUUGAAUUAGCAGCCUGUGCAGUUAAGCCAGAAUCGGUGUAAUAUGCUCAUGUCGUCUGAGCUUGGGCUCGUGGUUUGUUUCCCCAAAACAAAGCAAGCUUUGUUCUUGAUUCACAGUAUUUUGUCUGCCUAUGGUUGCGAACUGGGUCAGUGACUGAGAUCCAUGAAUAUGUUCCCUGAACUGUCUAAAGAUGGUUUGUUCUUGUUUUCAGCUCUUCUUUUGUAUUCUCUGGAUAGGCAGGUGACAUUCUGGUUAGAAAUUAAAAGGAAGACAAUCUCUUGGGAAGCAUUCAGUUACCUCAUGUGCAUCCCUUUACACUCUGUUGUUGCUAAAUGGAUCAUAAGAAGUAAUCAAUUAGAAGUGAGAAGGUAUCAACUACUUUCACAUAUCUAGUUACAGUGUAUUAGAGACUUGGCACAAAGCAAAUACUGUUGGUGUUGUAUAGUGCAGGGAAAGUGGAGUUUGCGUAGUCUGAUUUGAAUGCAACAUGUCAUUUAAAAAACCCAACCAGCUACUUUACAGAGGUUGUAUGUUUUGGCCAUUGGAAAUAUUAGUAAAAUUGUGUUUGGCUUUUAACAGAUGAUUGUGUAAUAUUAAUUUAUAGCACAGAAGGCUGUUGGAUGUUUUUGUUCCUAAUGUGAUUAUUCAGAAGCAUAAUGAACUGCUGAAGUAUAAACUCUCACAUUUUUUCACAGAUUCCACCACAUUGUGGGUCAACGUGCAAUGUGAAUGGUGUGCCUGAACUAUCUCCUUGCCUGAGUCCUGAAAGUAAGAAUGUGUAUUUUCAAGUUCUUUUAUGUUAAAUGUCUGUAUUGGAGAUAAUAUUUCAGUCUAGAAAAAUCAAUUACUAUUAUUUUCUAUUUUGGUAAUAUGCUUGUUCACACUACUGUAUUGGUAUUACUUUGCACUUUCCUAUUAGGCCAAAGAUGAUCCAUAGAGGUGAGGCUAUUCAUUCAUUAAUUCAUUCGACUCAUUAGAGCUUUUUACUCUAAGGUGUCUUGACACUGACCACCCCUUCGCAUGCCAGUGGCAAUGAAAAGAAAUAUAGCAGACUUUGAGAUAGGAUUGGGUUUGUAUUUAAUAUAUGUCACCAGGUACUGAAUGGUUUACUGAUAGAGCUGGGCCAAAAUCUGCCUUCUCUUGCCCAGAAGUUUUCUACCCCUCUGAAAGGGGCCUCCAUUUUCCUGCAGCAUUCUCAGGUCACCUAAGGAUUUAUGUAGAAUGUUGGUGGUUACAGAAUUUUGAGCUUACCUUAGGAUUGUGAGGCAUCCAAGGCAUGCCUUUCCUUUCCAGUAAACAUUGCUCUAGCACUCUGCAACCUCCCCCUGUCUAUACUUCCUGAUCUUAAAAAACCCAAAAUAUUGAAAUAGUUACUUCAUAAUGUCUUCCCCUAGUCUUCAGUUGAAACAUGGGCACCUAGGAAGUCUGCAGAAGCCAGACAACUGAUGAGAUGACAGACCCUCCAAGUGUCCCUAUUUUCCAGGGACGUCCUUGAUUUAGAAAAGCUGUCUUAGUUUCUGAUUUGAUCCCAGAAUGUCCUGCUUUUCCUUAGGAUGUCCCUAUUUUCAUUGGAGAAAUGUUGGAGAGUAUGGAGUUAUUCAACUCCCGAGCUGUCUGAAAUCCUGUAUAGGGAAACUUUAUUAAUGUUUAAUGUUGUAUUAUGUUUUUGUAUAUGUUGGAAGCUGCCCAGAAUGGCUGAUGCAACCCAAUAGGAUGUGUGGGGUAUAAAUAUCAUUAUCAUUAUGGAAUGGGAUGUCCCUAAUUUCAUCAGAUAAAUGUUGGAUGGCAUGACAUGAUUUGUAGAAUAAAUAAAAGAAAGGACACCCACAAGACUUCUUGGCCACCACAAAAGAAGGAUAAGCAUGACCAAAUACCCUGAACCUCAUCCAUGAGAAUUUCACUUAAUAUGUUUUAUUUCCAUGUGAAUUUUGUUUUUCUGAAUUGAAACCAUUUUCUCAUUAAUUGUGAGAGAGAUAUUUUUAACACCAUUAAUUAUUAACUAUACAGGGGAGAAGUGUUCCAAAUUGCUCUGGCAGAAGAGUUGCAUCACACAGGGCAAUUUAUCAGUUAAAGAUUAAAUGGAGAUGUGCUGGCCAUUUUGAAAGGGAAAUUUUAAGUUAUCUUAACCUGCUCUCCAAACAUCUUGUGGUAUUCUGAGUUGUCGUUUUAAUGUUUAUAUUGUACUUGAUUUGCAAUGGACACACAAAAUGUUAGCCUUCAUUUACAUAAAAACCAAUUUAGAAUAUUUCACUUUCGGUAAGCACACCUUGAGAUAAAAGUACAUAUUUGUAAAAUUUAGGCAGCAUUUACAGGUAUUGUGUUUUAAUGCUAAAUUGUAUCCUAGCCUGAGAAUGUGGAGAAUGGUAGAUACACAUCCUAUCUCUGCUGAGUAAUUUCCCUGUGACAGAAAUUGUCAUGAACGAAUUCUCACCUAGAUUAGGGUGAUGCAGGUGACUGGAAGUAAUAAUGCAAUAUUUCAUGUAUAUUAUAAAAUUAUUUUAUUCUUCAGUCUCGCCAGAACCCUGUGAUAUUUAUGCCACUUAAUAGCUCUGCAACAGAAGCUGAAACAAUGCAGUUUGUUGAACAACAGAACUAAAUGAAAUGGUAGCUGGGUGUUGAUCCUUACGUGGAAAUGUUGCCGCCUUUUGGAAUAUGUAAAAAAAAAAAUAUUACAUGAAAAAUAUGUUCGGAUGCUUACCCUCUGAUUUUCACAGCAAGGUCAUAUAGCUUGGAUUAAGCCUUGCCAGCUAUUUCUUUUUGCUUUAGAUGCAAAUGUGAAGCGACAGAUACUUAAAAUAACUGUUUUAAAAAACGAUUUUGCAGCUUAAGAUAUAGCCCUACUGUAGGGUUGAGGUCAGUAAGGGACAAUCCAUAUUGCUCACAUCCAUGUUUAGCUUACUUUUUGUCCUUUACAUCUUGCAGGUUUGAAUGGAAACAAAUGCUCAGGGACAUCAACUAUUCUUGAGAAAUACAAAGUGGGAAAGGUGAUUGGAGAUGGUAAUUUUGCUGUGGUAAAGGAGUGCAUAGAACGGUGAGCAAGAAAAUUGCCCAGCUAUUCAUUUUUUACUUAGCUGCAACUUUCCCCUCCACUGUGCAUUGAGCAUAUAUUAGAAAAUUGUUAUAUUUCACAGACAACCAGGUGCCUUUUGGUAAAUCAUUUGUUGUAAAAUGCAAGAGUUCGUGUAGGUAUCUAUCUAUUCCAUAUGUUUGACACCUCUGCCUGAUGUCCACUUCAUCAAGGAUAACUAAUAACCAUAAGUAAGCAAACCCUGGUGUGUUGGAUUAUCAAAUUAAACAAACGUGAAGGUCUUGGGAAAUACACAUUUUAAAAAUUGCUCCACAAGUUUUUGUCAAGCAUAAGAAAAAGCCGAGCCAAUGAAAAAGGAAAUGCAUUCAUUAUCCAUGCAUUCAUCUAAAUGUAGACCAGAGGCGGCUGAUCAAGUUUUUUUUUUAAUUAUUAUUUUUUAUUGUUAAAAUAAUACACAUAUAUUACAAAUAUACAAACAUACAAACAUCUAUUUCAUACAGUCCUUAAAAGUGUUCAAACAUACCUACACUCAUUCCCACAGAUAAUUCCUUUUCCCAUCACCAUCCACCACCCCUCACCCCACCUUUGUGUUAGACUUCCAAUCUACUCAGUUGCAAUUUCUUCCCACUUCUAUUACUUUCUUUCACACACCUUUAACCUAAUUUCAUACGUCUUUUUCUAUUAUACAUUGUUAUCCAUCUUAUUUAGUAUUUCAGUAUUUGAAACGGAACUUGUUUAUUCUAAUAGGAGUUCUGAUUUUUCGAUAUGGUUUUGCAAGUAUCUUUUAAACACCUUCCAAUCCCUGUCUAUCUUCUCUUUUGAGAUCUUUCCAAUUUCUCCCAUUGUUUUGGAUAUAUUGUAGUACUCCAAUAAUUUGGAUCAAGUUUUUCUUUGAUGCCCAUUUCCAUUAUUCCUGAGGCUAGGGCUGAUGGGAAUUGGAGGCCAGCAACAUUGAGAAGGCUACAAGUUAGCCACUCCUGCUCUAGAUCACAUUUCCAUACGCACAUUCUAGUGGAAAUCUAUAUGGAAAUAUAGGUUUGGAUACUAACUUUAAAUAGUUCACUGAACAAAAGUGCAGCAUCCAGUCCUCCCCUCUGCAGCCACAUGCACGUAACUCUCAAAACCUCUCUUUUGAGAAUCGGAGAGGCCCUUGAACAAGAUGGAGGGGGGAGAUUUGGGAACAUGGUGGCGAGGCGAUGGGAGACUUCCCUUCCAUGAAGUUCCUUAAGUAAGCAAUCUUAGGAGACCAAGGAGACAGGUGUCUGAAAAGGGAGAUUUAGCAAAGUGGGCAUGAGAAGGAGGAACGGAUCUAGCAGAUGGUUUAGGGAUGGAAAUAUGGAGGAAGAUGAGGCAGGGCCAGCUGUGAUGGGAGUAGGAAAAGAGGAAGCAAGGGAAGUUUAAAAGUUCAAAUGGGGGAAGCAGAGGCCAAGGAAAUAAACCCACAUAAUCUGGAAAUAAGGAAAAUAAAUUCAGUCAGUCCUUAUGGCCCUGCACACAUUUUAAUGUAAAUGUAUUAAGUACUUAUUUAUGUAUUUAUUGGAAAUUCUCAGGAGUCUAUUUUGAGUUCACCCUUAAAUAUUUUUUAUAGUUCCUUUCCCCUGUCAAAAAAAAACACCAAAACAAAACAAAACACCAGCAUUCCAAGCUAAUAUAAUCAAAUCCCUUACGACUUCUUCACUUACAAAAAUAUUAAGCAACUUUUUCUCAAAAUCCUUCACUCAAUACAGUGUGCUUAUGUAAACCUUGCUAUGUUUCCCAAGCCAGCUUUAAAAAGCAAAUGCCCCUGGAGCUUUUACAAUAUUUCUCUUGCUUUCUGCUGAUCCAAAAACCCUUCAGGCAGGACGAUAAAUCUAAGCAGUAUACAGCUUGAAAAACUUAGAUACUAAUGGAAACAGAAACUUUCCCUGCCAGAAAUCGGGAAAGUAAUUGGGUGAUAAUUACAAACAGUGAAAAGACAGAAUAAUAAGUUUUUAUCAGGUCUAGACCCUAUCAAGGCAGAAAAGGCUUGGACAUGGAACCUAGAGACUUCCAAGGAGGAGGGUUUCUGUUUUGGUUGGGUACCAUAGAAUGCACAGGCAAUGCACCUGAAAUGGCACAAUUUGUAUUGUUGCCUCUUUGAGGACAGCCCCUGUAUAAAAAAGAGGAGCUCACACCAAAUGGAAAAGUAUUCAUGAAUGAUAGUAAUAUAUAUAAUCAAGUUACCAUUCACACACCCAGUGUUAGUAGUUGCAGUGAACUCUGUCCAGUUACUCUACAAGUAUGGGAGACUCUCCACUUCAGACAGUCACCCCCCAAGUCAUAGAAGGCAACAGUGGCUAGCGUACUGUUCUUCAGUCAUGUGAAUGGGCCCUACGUUUCAAUGGAAUAUUGCUUUUAUAGGCUACUACAAUUCAAAUCGUCAUUAGACUAACUUGUGCAUAAUUGUCCAAGUAUUCAAUAAUAACUGGCUCUUACUGAAAAACCCUCCAGUUUAAAAGUAAAGGGCAGCUUUAGAAGUAUAGGGUUAUUCUGGAGGUGGGAGAACUCUUCUAAUGUUGCAAGAGCUUCUCAUGUGAAAAGAGAACUUUAGCACAAAGCUUCCACGAGCACAAAGUGUUGCGCAAUCUCUUCAGCAAGGCCUUGUACAAUGUCUCAUACCUGUGUUAAUACUAUCUUACACAAAGUCUCCCUCUAGUUCAGCAGUUCACAGAACACUGCCACUACCAUAAUUUACCUUGUGGGAUGCUGGAUCCAAUGGGCUAUGUCCUAUCCCAUUGGCUCCAGCAUCCCUACUCCCAAAUCUACACUUCAGGUAAGACCAAUCAUUCUAUUUCUUCUGUUUGCACACUUCUGGAUGCAGCCCACUGUACUCCCUUCUCAAAAUACUGCUCAGUCAGAUACUGCAACCUCCCUUUUGUCCUCAUCUGUAGCCAGUUGUAACUAUGACAACUUAGCAGACGCAGCUAUGCUUUCACACCAGGGAUGCUUUGCUGCACUGUAUUAUUCCAUAACAACCAUCCUUACUAAAUGCAAUUCCAGUGCUAUAUGCUUGUACAGCAUGAAACUGAUUAUACCUGAAGCAAAAUAUCUUCACCAUUAUUACUGCUGUAGCUGCUCAAACUAACUGGACACUAUUGACAGUAUUUAUUUAUUUUUAAAUCCUGCUGCUGUCAAGAAGUCUUAUACAGUAGGAAGGAAUGGGGGUGGUGCUACAGCUGUACUGUAUGAGCCAUUUCACACAUUACGUGGGUGCAGACCAGUGUAAUCGUCUGUACUCCUGGCAAAGACUUGCCACAAAACCUUGCUUUUCAAUGAAUGUGCAAAUUCUCUCAUGUACUAAUUACUUUAUUAAGUGUGCCCUUUAAAACAAACAAACAAAAAAAAACCAUCCUCAACGGAAACCUUUAAAAAUGCAGGGUGUGGUGAAUUGCAUUCUCAGUGAGUUUCUAGUAAAAGUAAUUACCAACCAUUGAGUCAUUUUCAUUUGAGCAUGCCUACAAAUGGGGUUUCAUGUUGAUGAGAUAAUACUACAUAUACUCAGAACCAUAAUGGCUAUGUCUUUCAUUCUGUGUGAUCAUUUUAAUGGACACUUUUGCAACCAUUUUGAAAGCCAUGUACCAUAAAAUAUUUUUAAUGUUAUUCUUUUGCUAAAGUCUUAUAAUACUAGAUUUAAAAUGCUUUCACCUCUUAAUCCUGCAGCACUUAAACAUGGAAAAUAACUAUCCAUUGUAGUUUUCAGGACAUGACAUUUAGAACGGCGGCCGCAGACUUCUUAAAACAAAAUUUCACAGAAAUAGGUAGAAUGGCCACAGAAUUUUUCUCCUAUAGGUUGUCUUCAAAUGAUUUUUGUGGUCCAAUAAAUUUUAUACUACAGAAUAGCUGAUCUAAUUUUGUUUAAUAAAAAAAAAAAAGUUAAAAUGAACCUUUCUACCCCUGAGACUUUGAAAUACCAAUCCUGUAAAAAUUGCCACAUGACUGCCAGUUAAAGAGCUGAAUGAAAGGUACAGAACAUCUAACAUUAAAUCAGGGACAAAAUGCGACACAUUAGGUCACACUUGAGAAAAUCAUAGUAGAAAGCCUGCGUUUGGUAGUCAAGGCAACAGCAGACAUGACUUGCUGAGAAACAAAAUAAAAGCAGAUAUACCUUCUUUCUGUCAUCUGUUCACAUUGAUGAAAGCAAUUUUAUCAUCACUGUACAUUCAGACAAAAAACCCACAUGUUGAAUAAAUCCUUGCAUUUCUGCCUGAUAUUCCUCUUUUGUUUCUCUCUUUGUAGGUCUACUGGGAAGGAGUAUGCACUGAAGAUUAUAGACAAAGGAAAAUGUUGUGGAAAGGUAUGAGAGAAUAUAGAGCUAUAGCAUUAUAAGGUGGGGAGAUGCUUCCAUAGUAAUCUUACCUGAUUUCAAGUAAAGGCAGAAUUAUAGAGUUUUAAACUCACAGAUAGUUAAUUUGUCAAAUUCGGCUUCGCUUACAAAAAGUAUUUAAAUUUACAAUUCAUCUGGGCAAAUCCCGCCAACCAUGUAUGUAUAUUAAUUUUGUAGAGCUGCAUCGAUAUUCACAAAAAUUAUGCUUAGUCAGAUGUAACAAAAAAUUAUGCUUAGUCAGAUGUAACAAAACAUUCAUCAAGAUAGCAUUUACAUUGCCCGUGAAUUUAUUAUUUGUAAGUCAGCAGAAAAUGUGUCUCAUCUGCAUCAUUAAUUUAACAAAGACAAAAUAAUGGAUGCGUGUUUGGGUUCAAACCAGCAUCACUAGGACAACAGUGGGAAAUUCUAAAGUGCUGCUUCAAAGGGAUUGAAGUUUAUGUUCUAUAUAAAGAAAAUGCAUUAAAUAUAUGGAUAUAUUUUGCUUCAGAGUCUUGAGAAUGAAGGUAAGUAUUUUGGAGUAAAGGUGUUUCCAGAAUUCACCCAUCAGAAUUUGCCUUUAAAGAGUUGCAAUGUAAUGCACCUUGCAGACCACAAUAAGAGAUUUUCACAUACCAGUCCAGCUUUUUAAAUCAGUCCUAUUUUAAGAAAACAGAUGUUUUAUCAGUGUUCUUUGUUUUAUGUAUUUAAAAAUAAUGUAUACCAAGCUGCAGUGUAAAUCUCCAGAUGGUAACCACAGUAUAUUAAAAACCAUAAACAAUGUAAAACAACAAAUUUCAGAAUAAAACACACACAGUAGAGAAUGCUUAAACAGUCCAAACUUUGAAGUCAUAAUGAAAGCAUAGCAGGAAGGAUGUCAUGCUGUCUUUCAUGAGAGGACAUUCCAAAGUUAUGGGGCUACGACAGAAAAGACCCUGAACUUAAUUUAAGAUGAUAAUUCUAAGCACAGCCUCAGUGAUGCACGGGGAAGGAAUGUUCAUAUGUGAAGAGACUUUACUGAGGGUAGUUAGAACCAAGAGCCUUUGAUAUUUUCAUGCAGGUGAAAAUAUUUGCUGAAAGGGGCAUCUCUUCUUCAGCAUAGUUAAGACUAACAACUGUUUGUUUGGUUCCAGAAGCUUCCAAACUUCUUGCAGCUUUGCCAGAGGAGAGGAAGAACAUUAAAUCCCAACCAUCCCAAUAAUCGCAGACAAAAAUACUGAUGAAGCUAUCUUCAAAAGCUUCUCACUAAUUGUCAGCUGCUACUUAAACAAUAGUUCACUAAAUCAGCGGCACCAUGCACAGUAAAUUUAAAUAAUCAUUAAUAGGUAACACUUUAAAUAUCACUAGUCUGUAAAUUUCACACAUUAUUUGAUAUUUAUUAUAUUCCUCCUGAUACACAGUUAAUUUAACUAAAUAUAAUAAAUCCCCUCAUUUUCUCAGUUGAUCUGAUUUAUUUUUUUAAGGUUUAUAACUAUAAACCAUGUUUUAAAAACCCAUUCAUAUUUUGUUUUUCUUUUCUCCAGCACACAGUUGUUUGGAGCAGACAUAUAUGUUUGUUCCAGAAAGACUUUUGAUGCUCUCACAUAUUGGGUUUCAAAGGUGCGAUCUGUUUAAGCCACGUCUAAUGUGCCACAUCUUCACAGGAGGAAAUGCACGCUCAGCAUGUGGGUUUUUUAGUAACUAAAUAGUUAGGGUAAAAUUAUCGAAACUUCACAGAUUUGAUGCAAAUUGACUUCCCAAAGCCAUUUGUUCAAUGGUAUUUUAUGGUGUAGGACAAAUCGCAUCUAAUUUUUCAGGCACUGCUCAUGUUCAUCAGUCAUAGAAUGCUCACAUGUACUUCCCGCAGGGUUUUCCACAAAUGCAUGAAGUGCAUGUUGUUAGAAUGUUUGUACUGUGAUAAAGGUGAGGUUUCUGGAAUAGUUGUUUUGGUGUCUUCCAUAGUGUUACAGCAACCAUGGUUAACUGUAAAAUAAAGUGGCUGGCCCUCCUGGAGUAUACCCAGUUGGUUUCUUGUAACUGAAAACGUCUAAAGAUUUACCUGAUUUAAUCAAAUGGCAUGCCUUGUUUUUCAUUUUUAAAUCAAUUUAAUGAGGAACAUUUUGGAAGCCCUUGGUAACAAAGGAUUUAUUAAAUUGUUGAGCCUAUACCUAUGUUGCUUCACUAGAGAUAUCUCGAUAACUACAGUGUAAAUGUUGCGGAGAAGAAUAGUGGUGGAAAGCUGCACUGUAGGAAGCUGCUUUCUCAUGUGAAAACUAUAUCUUAAAGCCACAUUGUUACAAGGAAGAUUUGUCUUGGUUUGUUUUUCCCUUCCUCUCCUCUUCCUAAUAAUAAAUAGGAACACUUGAUUGAAAAUGAAGUCUCCAUACUGCGCCAAGUGAAACAUCCCAAUAUUAUCAUGCUAAUAGAGGAGAUGGAUACUGCAACCGAGCUCUACCUGGUGAUGGAGUUGGUCAAGGUGAGAGGCUUUCCAUCACUGAAUAUGAAGAUACUGAAAGUUCCAGGGUCCAGUACCUAUGCAUAAUAGUCAUGGUACAGAAAACAAUGUUGGGACGCCAUGGGACUUUCCUCUCCCAUCCCAAAGUAGUUCCCAGCCCCUUUUGAAAUUCCUGUUCAGAGUGAUAGCUGGUGUUCCUAUGUGCCUUAACCUGCAAAUUUUGUAACAUGUGAAAAUGAUAAUUAUUUCUGAAGUCUGAGUCUGGCACAUAUGAUUGUUAUAUACAUUGCAUUUACAUGCUAAGUUAUCAUGGAUAUCCAGAUGUAGAAAUUUGCUGCGCAAUCAUGUUAUGUUUCUGCACUGUUUUAAAAUUGCAAUUUAAAAUUAAUAUUAGAUUGGCAUGUAACCACCUAUGUAUAGCAUAAACAGCCACCACAUUAUAAAUUUCCAGGUUUCCUUUCUCCCUCAAUUUUUUUAAAUGUAGGAAUUCUUUAUCCAGUUCUUAUUUACUUUCAGAUUUCACUUCACAUUUGGCAGAAGUAGCCCUUUAAAGUUAAAUAAGAGCAUUUUUGUGUCCAAUUUAUUUUUCUUCAUAUUUACCUCUGCUAGAAAGCACAUUAAAAAGAAAAAACCUUUGUUGUUUGCAAUCAAUGGUUGAGAAUUGUCAGACUUUAGAGACUUAUGCCAAUGAGGCAGGUCCGCAACACAUGUAAUGCCCAUGAAAAAUGUCUGCUAAGAUUUCAUUAUUUUAUAUUUCAAUUGAGACUUUUGUAGAUUUUAUUUUUUAAAAGCCAUUCUUAUAUCUCCCAGUGAACAUGGCACAGGGAUUUUUAACAUUCAUAAGGGAUUUGCCGUCUAGUAUAAUGAAGUUAGGUGCUCCUAAACUCCAUUAAAAUCAUGCACUGUGGUGCUUUUCUUAGAAGUAAGCCCUACUUAGUUGAACGAUAUUUCAUUUACCAGCAAGAGUGCAUAGGAAUGCAAUGUUAAGCACACAGUGAGCAUUCUAGUUCCACUCAUUUUGGUGAGGUUUAGGUAUGUGCAACUUUCACCCUAUUGCUUCCAUUGUGAUUUCCCCAAUAUUGCAUAAUGGGGGGAAAAUCUGAUUUUCCUUCAGCAGUUAUAAAAUAUGAUGGAUUUUGUUUUGUUUUAAUUAUUUGAUCCUCCUGACCAUUACAGGGAGGAGACCUUUUUGAUGCUAUCACGUCUUCAACAAAAUACACAGAGCGUGAUGGAAGUGCAAUGGUCUACAAUCUAGCCAGUGCACUGAAAUAUCUCCAUGGUCUCAGUAUCGUUCACAGAGAUAUCAAGCCAGAAAAUCUAUUGGUAUGUUGCCUGUUUCAUGUUAUUCUCCCAUCUCUUUGCCAUGUUAAUGCAAAUUCAUACCUAUAUGUUAAGUGCUGAGAAGCAAAGUGUGUGUGUGUGUGUGUGUGUGUGUGUGUGUAAAGAAACACAAAUAACAGUGUGCCUAAAUUCUAUCUGCUUUCAUAAAAUAUUGAAAACAAUCUAUAACAAUACUUUUCAGUUUAAAUAUUACAUUGUUAAUAUUACAGCAACAAUUUGUUGUUGACAACGGACAGCUGGACAUAUAAAGGGCUCCAUUACCUUCAAUAGCUUAGGGGCUCAUCAAACCUAAAUCCAGCCCUGGUUAUAUAACAUCUAAACAGAACCCAUCCAAUAAUCUGGCUGCUUAAUUUUGAACCAAUUGAAGUUUCCGAGUCAUCUUCAAGGAAAGCCACACCUGCAGCAUAUUGCAAUAGCCUAAUACAAAACAUGAGAAGAUCUGUGUUAAUGCUUCCACUUCCCACACGUUAAGAACAUUUGAAACCAGAUCAGAAGGCACCAUGUGAAUCUCCCUACACAAAGACAUACAUUUGAUUUGAUAGCAUUUCUAAUAAAUGCACUUAAAAAAAGCUUAGCUCUUGCCUGACGGCUGAAGUAAUAAAGUGGGACUCGAACACAAACAAACUUCAAAGUGCUAUUUCUUGCACGUAUUUACUUUAAAUUCAAUAAGGUGUGCUUUUUUAGCAAAUAAGUAGCAAAUUAGCUGACAGUGCAGUCCUAAGCAGGUUUGCUCAAAAGGAAGCUGGUUUUAAUGGGACUUGUUCUCUAACAAGUAAAUCUGCUUUGGGGGGUUGGGGAAUGCUGGAUGCAGCACAGGGAAAGGGAAAUCAGGGGACAUGCCUCCCCUUCUCUUUCCACAGUUGGAACCAUCCUGAGCAAAGCUAUGUUUAGGGGAUGGAAUCACUGUCAGUGAUUCCAACAAACUCUGGAAUGACUUGACAUGAAAUCCAGACAUGAGACUAUAUAAUAUAUGAGGGAUUUCUAUUUUGUUUUGCCAGGAGAGGGAUAUUAGGAGAGAUAUACAGGUAGAGAGAGACAAACAGCCCUUUUUUGUAAGCAAGUUUUCAUAUAUGAAUAGCGAAAGUGGUAAAACCAGUAUCUAUUUUGUGAAAUAUUUUAUCUCUUUAAUAAUGUUCCCAGUACAAAAAUAUCCUUAAUAAUAACUUAAAGCAAAUUUAAUGUGAACAUUUUAAUGCUUAUGCUUGAUUUGUUUCUCUGUGUGGAAACUGCAGCAUGCAAGAACUGAGUGCUCACUUACAGGUACAGGCUGUGAUUCACGAUUGUUGAUCCUGUCUGCUUUACAAUAAUAACAAUGACAUCAGGCACUUAAGUGAGUUGAAGCUCUUGGGCUAAUCUGACACUUUAAGCUCUCAUUAGUAAUCAAAUCAGGUAUAAAUAGGCACAGAUGCACUUUUCACUUAGAAAGCCUAAAGAGAUUACUUGACAGAUGCCAUGAUUGGCAUUGAUUUGCAGGUUGGAAUGACAUAGUAGUUCUUAAUGUAAAUUAUUUCUCAUCAUUGAAAUACAUUUAGUUGCUAGAUAUAAUGUCAGCCACUUGUCUGAUUUGCAUUCAACUUUACCAGUUCUUCAUUGCUAUAUGCAUAUAAAAUAAUGGAUCUUAUAUGUGAUGUUUUGUCAGGAAUCAUGAGGCUUUCUUUUAUGGCUGUGAGGUACUGCAGUGCAUUACAUUUUUGUUUAUUUAAUGAAAAAGGCUUUCUGCUAAUAAUUGUUCCCAAGAGUGAUAAACAAUCAGAAAAAUCACCAAUAAGAACUCACCCAAUAAAACAAUAUGAUAUAAUCCAGCUAUACAUAAAUUGCAAUAUAAGAAAUUCUAAGAAUUAUUCUUAUAAGAAAUCAUCUUAAAAAUAUGCAAUAAAAAGUUUAAACUAAUCUUCUAAAGCAAAGUAAACAUUGUUACAUUGUUGAGUUCCUGCAGCUGUUUUAGCAGGGGUCUUUGGGUCUUGGGAGAAUGUCCUUCUGUUAUGUGGGGAAAGGGCAUUGUCAUGAGUUUGAGAGUGUCAGACUCCUCUAAAUUUCUUGAUCCAUUAAGUGUUAGAAUUUUAUCAAGGUCUGGGGUGUUAAGAUGGGUGCCAGACUUCUAAUCCCUGGAUCUAGCAAGUGUUAAAAGCUCGCCUCCUCGGUGAUGGGCCAUUGCAAGAAUCAAAGGGGCUCAAGGGGCUCGUGUGAGAUGACAACUGGCUCCCUCAACAGAUAAAGCUAGAGUUUAGAAAGUUAUGUGAGCUAGAAGCUGGAUUCAAAAAGCUGCAGGCUGGAAAGGCAGAGAGAGAGAGAGGGGCCAUGGCUGUGGGAGAAACAAGGCCCUUUUGAGGUAGAAGCGUAGAGUUGGAAAGGACCCUAAGGAUAAUCUAAUCCAAACCCCUGCAAUGUAGGAAUAUGCAGUUGUCCCAUAUGGGGAUCAAACCUGUGACCCUGACAUUAUCAGCACCAUGUUCUAACCAACUGAGCUAUCCAGCUUGGAAUUUGUCAGUUUUGUUGAUGAUGGAAACCCCACCAUCGCAGACUCAGGUUGUAUAUAUGUGUAAAUUAACCAUAUAUUAUAAAGACACCACAGUCUCCUCUGUGCCUCAUUUCCAGAAGAAAACAUGAACCCUGGGUAAACACCAAUCGUUUUUCAUAAGGCCUGGUUUCCAGACCCUUGAUCACCUUGGUUGUCCCCUUCUGCACAUGUUGCAGCUUGUCAACAUCCUUCUUAAAUUGUGGCACCCAGAACAGGACACAGUACUCUAGGUUUGGUCUGACCAAGACAGAAUAGAGCAGGGCUAUUACUUCCCUUGAUUUGAGCACUAUACUUCUGUUGAUGCAGCCUAGAAUAGCAUUAGCUUUUUUAGCAGCUACAUCACACUGUUGUCUCUGUUGCACCUGCAUGAUUAUCUUUAUCUUUAUUAUGUUGCUAACUAAGAAAAAAGGCACACUGGGCAAUUAAACAGGCAUAUUUUAGAGAUGUAGUUGAUCUAUGGUAUGCCCAUUGGAACUAUAUGCCAAAUGUUUUAUGUACUUUCUUUUACUUCUUCAAAGAGUUCCCUGACAGUAUAGUUCAGAAGUAAGUAACAUAAGAAGCUCUGUAAGGCCUUCUAACACUUCCCUCAGAAUAUCUUCCCCACCAUUUGAUUCUUAGUCAUCGAUUUUGUAACCAAAUUUGACUGUUAGACUAUUUACAUGCUUAAGUAGGCAGCUGCUUUAAUUAGACUUAUCCACAGACUUUGCUAAUUCCACCCACCCACAAAAGAGACUCUCCACAAAAAAACAAUUGAUUUGCUUUUACAGUUACCCAUUAAAAUUCCUUGAUAAUGGUGCGUUGAAGAUGAGAGCCUGUAUGUUUGCAAUGUAUUAAGACCCAGGACACAUCGCAGUCUCACUCAGACUGGGUGACCCAUCUUCCCUCCCUUGGGUUUUGAGUUAGCCCAGGUGAUAACUGAUUGCUCUGAGGGCCAUGAAACAUUUUUUUUUCAUGGCAUCUAGAUUGGCUGGGGAGAAGCAUCUUUUUCACCUUCUUUGGAGUUCCAGCUUUAAAGGAUAAUAUAUAGCAGCCCUUUGUUCUGGACAGAAUAUUUUUUUGUCACAAGUUUGUUGGUGGGUGGAAUAGUGCAUGUGUUCAUGAGAGAGUGUGUAUGUGUUUAUGGCAUGUUUGGGGUGAAAGGACGAGUGUCCUAACAAACUAGCCACGGCACAGGGCACCAACAUAGAGUUGCAAUGGGAGGUGCUUGUAACAGUCACAUAGCCCUGAUUGCUAACUGCCCUGCAAUGUGGGGGCAACUGCAAGGUUGGAACCUGCUUUUACUGACUCAUGGGACCCAGCACAGGGUUUUCCCUCGGGAAGGGCACUCAGGUGAAAGCAGCAUGGAAAGCCAGGCCAAUAUAUUGGAGGGAUAACUGCUUAGGUUCCUGUUUUAUUCUGUCUUACGGAUUUUGGAUUUGAUUGACAUGAAUGCAGGUUUAAAUAAAAUGGUAGCCUUCAUAUGCCAAUCCAGUGUCUGUCUCAUUCUUGUCUACUACAAUAUUACAGUGGUACCUCGGGUUACAGACGUUUCAGGUUACAGACUCCGCUAACCCAGAAAUAGUAUCUCGGGUUAAGAACUUUGCUUUAGGAUGAGAACAGAAAUUGCGCAGCAGCAGUGCAGCGGCGGCGGGAGGCCCCAUUAGCUAAAGUGGUGCUUCAGGUUAAGAACAGUUUCAGGUUAAGAACAGACCUCCAGAACGAAUUAAGUUCUUAACCUGAGGUACCACUGUAUUGUUAUUAGGUCUUAAGUAUUUACAUCACUUGCUUUCUACAAACUUGUUGCCACCUAUUGAUGAACAUUAGAAUGCAUUUUCCACUUAGAAUGACUGGAAUGUGUUUAUCUACUUGCAUAGGGCAGGGUAGCAUUUAUAUUGCACUUUCCCCCUCAAUACACUUUGCAUGCAAUAAUUCUUAGCAACAAUCCUGUAAGGUAUCGUCCCGAUGUUUCUCCACUAACAAGUUAUUAUUCCUUCUCUGUUUUCUCCUCCCUUCACCCCUCCACCCCAGGUUUGUGAGUAUCCAGAUGGAACAAAAUCGCUGAAACUAGGAGACUUUGGACUAGCCACUGUGGUUGAAGGACCCCUCUAUACAGUCUGUGGCACGCCAACAUACGUAGCUCCUGAAAUCAUUGCAGAGACAGGGUGAACAUGCAUUAUUAAAAUGGGGUUUCUUAUUAUUGUGCUUGGUGUAAGAAAGUGUGUGCGCAGAUUUUAAUAUGUUUUAAGAAUAGUUAUAGAGUGGUUGUGUAUAGUUGUUUGAACAGGAAAUAUAUUUGAAAUCAGUGGGUUGUAUCCAGCUAAGCUUUACUUGGAGUAGACACAUUAAAAUUUAUAGACCUAAGUUAGCAAUGUCUGAUUUCGGUAGGUCUACUCCAAGUACAACUAAUGUUUGAUACGAACCCAUUUAUCCUAAGGCCCUAUAUAAACAGGUAUGUGCUUAUGUAGGCUUGAUUCAGGUGUUCUACCAGACUAUUGGGUUUUUUCAGAGGCUUGCAGAAGCCAUAGUCUUCUGAUUAAAUGGAAGCCAUAGGCUUCAGAUGAAAUGGAAAACUUUGGUUUGGCAAAACCGCGCAAGUUACUAAUCAAGCUGAAGAUGUGAGAGGAGGGAUAGGAAGAAAGGAGUUUGUGAACACCAAACCAUCAUUUGACAUUACAUCUGAACAAAGCCAAAUAUUCUUUUCACAUUGGAUAAUAUAUGGAAUACCAUGAUUUUGAGUAUCUGAGAUACAGACAAUAGACAUUUUAUUAUAUUCCAUAUAAUAAUAUGGACAUGUAUUCUAUAUAAUAAUAUCUGGAACAAAUUAAUCUCAGCCUGGUCUUUACUUACUUCUAGGUCAAUAGCAAGCUUUGUCAAGCUUUGCUUGAAAAUUUGCUGUUAGUGUGCUGCUAAAAUUAGAAAUUAAAAUGUCACGAACCAGUAAAUUUGUAUAAACCUGAAAACCUCCUGUGCAGAAUCUUGUAGUGCAUAUAGAGGAAGUACCUUAAAGAUGUCAUUACCCCCCCCUCUUUUUUUACAGUUAUGGCUUAAAGGUCGACAUUUGGGCUGCAGGUGUCAUCACAUUCAUACUGUUAUGUGGAUUUCCACCAUUUCGUAGGUAAGUAGUAUGAAGUGACAUUUAAAAUGGAUGAUCUGUUUCUCCCUAUGCUACAUCACUUUCAAUCUUUAAAUUAUAAAUAUUAUAAAUACUGUUUCUUCUCUCAUAUUUCACAGGCCAUAUAUCUCCUUCCUUCCUUCCUUCCUAAUUCUGUUAAGUGUAAUGUGUUCAGUUUAUAUGCCAUCAGAAUAUUCAGAAAGAAGAGCAAUAUUUGUUACAGGAAGAAAUGAAUAGGCUAUAUUGUUUGUCAAAGGUAGGCAGGCAAGCCUCCCAGCAUCUUUGUCACCUUGUCCUUGAGUCUCUUUCUUCAGAACCCAUCUAUUGUAUUAAGCAUGCAGAGCUUGCCCUCUAGUGUUAGAACUUGGACUUGGACAUCUUAUAACUAUAAUCAGCAUAUUGUGUUAGAACAUUCACGUGUCUGAUGUCUUUAGAUUCCCAAUUUUCAUUUAUUACAAACCUUUCGGUGGUCAAGUUAGCUGGACUUCUUGAGGCACUUCAUAUAUUCAUCAAAUAUAGGGGCUUCCAGGAGUGCAAAAAAUAUUCAUAUUAGAGUCAUAGAAUUGUAGAGUUGGAAAGGACUCUGAGGAUCACCAGUACUUCUCCCUACAAUGAAGAAUCUCAACUAAAGCAUCCAUGACAGAUGGCCAUCCAGCCUUUGCUGUAAAACCUCCAAGGAAGGAGAUUCCCACCUCCCAUGGGAGUCUGUUCCAGUGUUCCACUGUCAAACAGCUCUUACACUCAGAAAAUUCUACUUGAUGUUUAGUCGGAAUCUUCUUUCUGGGAUCUUUUGGGCCUUAUCUCUGGAGCAGGAGAAAACAAGCUUGAUCUAUCCACCAUGUGACAGCCCUUUAGAUAUUUGAAGAUGGAUAUCAUAUCUCCUCUAAGUUGCCUGUUUACCAGGUUAAACAUACCCAAUUUCAUCAAUCGUUCCUCCUAAGGCUUGGCUUCCAGAGCCUUGAUCUUCUUGGUCACCCUCCUCUGCACCCAUCCCAGUUUGUUAAUAUCCUUCUUAAACUGUGGUGCCCAGAACUCAUGUAUAAUCUUCCUUAUUGAUUUCCCCUUUCUUACGUUUCUUGAACAUUUCCUUCUUACCUCUUGGCUCAUCUCUAAGCUCCUUUUGCAGAAAUGGUCCUUAGCCUCAUGAAAGGCAUCCACAGCCCACACAGCAUAGUUCACUAAUCAGAGUUAAACAAAAAAUGAAAUGUUUGCUCACAUCCUGUAGGGCAGGAGUGGGCAACUUGUGGCCCUCCAGAUGUUGUUGACAGUUCCUAUCAUCACUGUUCAUUGGCCAUGCUGGCUCUGACUGAUGGGAGUUCAGCAACAUCCAGAGGGCCACAAGUUAGCCACCUCUGCCAUGGGACAUGGCAAUAGGAAGAGGUAAUCAGUUCUGGUGAGCAAAGCAGCUUCCAUAAAUCAGUAUACCAAUGCAAAGGAGACUGAAAUGUUAAGUAAAGGGUGGUAUUCAACCAAGUUAUAUACAGAAUAGAGCUAUUGAAAUUAAUGACUAACUUAGGUCCAUUAAUUUUAAUAAGUCUCCUCCAAACAAACUUAGUUGAAUACCACCCAAACAUUUCAGAGUUGUACCCCCACAACUGCAAACCUCGUCUAGCUGUUCCUGCCUUGAGCUGUGAGGGCAGGCUUCAGUUUCUGCACAAUUGAAUUCAGAUGACUGUGCUCUUUUUAAUCACAGAAUGCUGUUUUAUGUUUCAUUUUAUACAUAUUGUUGUUCACUGCCCUGCUAUUUUAUGAUACGGCAGUAUAUAAAUACUGUUAAAAAUACUUUUAUAAAUAAAUAUAAAUACUACUAUAUAAAAUCCUGCACAACAUAUAAUUUGAAUCCAAGUGUGAGAAAAUGAUAUGUUCCUUCACUGCUCAGGAUGGGAGCAGCUAGAACAGGCUAGCAUCUCUUCCCUAUUUCGUAUAAUUGCCCAUAGUAACCGACUGUUUGAUGUGUAGGGAGAAUUGUGCCACUUUAGAGCCACUGAGGUGUUCUGAAGUCUUUCACUGACAAGAAGCAGCCAGAAACCUGUUUUCUUUACUUGUAUGGCUUAAAUAAAUUGAGUCCAAAGUUGUAUAAGAAUGAAAAUUAGGGCAGAGUGAUAUGGAUCUAAUUGUUUGUUUAAUUAUCUCUAUUACAUUUAUAUUCUGAACAGUGUAUUAUAUUUCUUCUUGGGUAUUCUCUGAACAGAGAGCAGUUUGCAAAUUCUGAACUAAUCAAUAAAAAUAAAUAAACAUAACUUUGUUUUUUUUUAGCUUUCAUAAAUGAUUUUUAAAUUGAUAUGCUUUUUCUUCUUGGUUUUGAUCCACAGUGAGAACAAUGUGCAAGAAGAUCUCUUUGAUCAGAUCUUGGUUGGAAAGCUAGAAUUUCCCUCUCCAUACUGGGAUAAUAUCACUGACUCUGCUAAGGUAUUAGGCUGUAUUAAUGAUAUUAAAGCUGAAGCUAUGUUUUGGUUUUUGGUUUGGUCUUUGCUACCCAAACUGGUUGCAGAGUACGAAAGACACCAGAGCCAUUGCUGGGAGAACAGACCAAGACAAAUCGUUUCAAUAGGGGCUCCUAUGGUAAUGCAGCUAGCUUGACAGCUAUUCUUUCAUUUGGAUAUUAAAACCUCAGCCACUGCAGUGGGACCAAUUCAGUGAAGUGAUUAAGGAAAACACUCAAGUUCACAUUCUUUUCUGAAAGUCAAAUGAGUGGUGGAGUUUCAUACUUGAAAAUUAUUGGACAAAUUAAUAGGUUUUAGGUAAUAUGCUGACAGGUGCUCUGCUAAAUCAGAGUACGAACUUAUCUAUAUCAAAGGUCAGUAGAAUAGGUCAGUAGAAUAUUUAUGCCUAGAUGUGGGCAACAAUUGACUGUAAUCAUGUGACAUUGAGGAGAAUGUAAUUAAGUUCACGUUUCAUGCCUGUUUUGAUUUAUGACACAGUUGAAAUGUUCCCAUUUUUGUUUCCACUUUUGUAAAGUAAAAUGAAACACAGGUACUAGGCUCCUACUUUCUAAAUAAGAAAUAGAUGCUUUUCAUUUGCUGUAGGGGAUCAGGACCCCUUCCUUUGGGCAUGGGCCUAUAUUGUAAGAAUAAUGAAUUCUGCAGUAGUGAAACAGCAAUAUUUGUUCCUGGGCAAAAGCAAUUCCACCUCCACCACCUCCAGUGUGUUCAGUCAAUGGCAGUGUGAUUUUUAGAUGGAACGUGUUGCUAUGAAUAUCAUGGGCUUUGCCUCCCAAGAGGGAAUUCCCGGUGCAAUUCUCUUAUCUCAAAAAUAUGGCUAACUUCUGACACAACCCUCUUGCUACAGCUUUGUGGGAUGAGUGCUUCCCCAUUUUAGAGUGUAACCACAGCCGUCAAUAUGCUUUUAAACGGAAGGUGAGGAUGCACUUGAGGCUUCCUUUUGCGGUCUGCUUAGCAUCCUUUCCCCAGCAUCUGUGUACUUUAUUGCUUCUGCACAGCCAGAAAUAAAGCUGCCGAAGAAAAAUCUUAAUUGGGACACAUACUUACUUACUUCAUUAGAGACUAUUUACCAAGAGAACGUAAACUCAAAAGUCUAGUGGGCAUGAAGAUCGAAAGCAAAAAUUGUGACAAAAGCAGUCUCCCAUUUUUAAUACGACUAUAAAUUGUGCUCAUUCCUUUCCUCAUGUUCCCCCCCCCUUCCAGGAGUUAAUUAGUCUGAUGCUACAAGUAAAUGUGGAAGCGCGAUAUACAGCCGCUCAGAUUCUAAACCACCCCUGGGUGUCAGUGAGUAAAUACUUUCUUAUGUUGCAUGUUUAUGCAAAAUUAAUUCUAAAGAAGCCCACCCUGUGUUAAGUCCUAAUCUUCUGAAAUGCAGUUUGGCACAUCUGCCAGCUAGGUUCUACCUUUACGCUGUUACUCCAAAGCCGCUUGCAUAGUCUGACAUGUGCUGCUGCUGUUGUUUUUUAAUGCCCCAAAAGAUCUUCCAUCUAGUUGCAUGGUCUGUAUUUGAAGGCUUCAGAAGACAUAUGAGUACUUGGCGGCCCUUGUUUUCAAAACAACUGAAGUUUCUCUCAGUCAGGCCUGUGCAGAGGGGGAGGGCGGCUUGGGUACACUUGCCCCAGGCCUCAGAGUGCUAAACUGACCAGGGGCCCCAUCAGGAAUCAGCUGCUUUUUUGUCUGAGUUUUUAUUCUAAGAAGACUCCUGCCCCUGGCCUCAGAUAAACUCUGCACGGGCUUGCUAUCAGUGUUGUGAUUAUGACAGAAUUGUACUUCCAUGUCAGUUUUCUGGUAGAAGGAGACAUUUUUGUUGCUGGCAGAAGGUUGGCGGUUCGAAUCCCCUCAACUGGGUGAGCUCCCGUUGCUCGGUCCCUGCUCCUGCCCACCUAGCAGUUCAAAAGCACGUCAAGGUGCAAGUAGAUAAAUAGGUGCCGCUCCAGUGGGAAGGUAAACAGCGUUUCCAUGCGCUGCUCUGGAUCGCCAGAAGCGGUUUAGUCAUGCUGGCCACAUGACCCGGAAGCUGUACGCCAGCUCCCUCGGCCAAUAAAGCGAGAUGAGCGCCGCAACCCCAGAGUCGGACAUGACUGGACCUAAUGGUCAGGGGUCCCUUUACCUUUACUUGAUCAGCGGAGUCAGUCCUGACAGUGCCUCUAACAUGUUGGGUGAGAGGAGGGGAAAGAGGCUCAAUUUCUGGUUUGCACAAUGCAUAACCAGAAUGGACAGAAUGUUUAGCAGUAUACAAGUAGUGAAAGAGCACUGGAGCCUGGCAGCUGAUGCCUGAUUUUGUUAAGCUCUCUGACUACAUUGGGAUGAUUGCAGUGGCAUGAGGAAUCUGUGGUUUUCCAGAGGUUGUUUAACUACAGCUCUCACAAGCCAUGACAUUGGCCAUGCUGACUGGGACUGAUGGGAAUUAGAAACCAAUAAUAUACAGAAGGCCACAGGUUUUCUACCACUGCUGUACAGGUUUCAAAACUAUUUUGAGCAUUCACAUAUUCAGGCAAAUACUCGAAUACACCUUAUGUGUCAAAUGUCGAUGGCAGCAAGCCUGGCUACAUGGAGAAGCACUGCAGGGAUUGCCUGGAGUAGAAACCUCUGUAAACCUUCAUUUUACAACAUGGGAAAGGCUGAAUUUUUCUGAUGAGGGGAGGGCGUUGCACGUCAUGAUGGUAAGGGCAGGGCUUGCCUGCAUGCCUCUGCCCUCCUCCAUAUGUUCAGAUUUCAAUGAGUCCCUGAACAUGCCUAUUGUGUGUUGACAUUUUAGUGAAUCGCUGAAAAGAGGCAUGGGUAUCUGGGAAAUAAAUUUAUUGUGCUUCAUUUGAAAACUCUUAGUUCCACUGUGUUUUCAGUUUGUUACCUUUCAUUUUGUAGUUCUUUUAUUUUAUUUAUAUCCUGCCUGUCCACACAAAGGAGCCCAGGGGUGGCAGUAGCAUAUACUGUAGAGAAUCUUUUCAUAGCCUGCAUGUUAUCAUAGCAUGAAUUCAUGAUGCUCUCCAAAAGUCCAUCAAUUUCGAUACAAUCACAAGGCAGAAGGCAUCUAAAUAUAAGCUCUGCAUUGGAUUAACACCAUAGGACUAAAAAGUGCCUAUCUGUGUCCCUUAGCAGCCACUGGGAUUUAGAACUGUUUAGUUACAGUUAUAUAUCACACCCAGAGAUUUUUCCUUCUUGGUUUUAUGUGGCAGAAGGCUCAUAAUGUGGAAAAGUUUGUGUGCAGGCUAUUUCAUGUCCAGGCUAAUUUGUCAUCCCACUCCAAAGAAAGAAAGAAAGAAAGAAAGAAAGAAAGAAAGAAAGAAAGAAAGAAAGGGGGCUUGCAAUGCUUUUCUGCAUGCUAAAGUGCUAUUCUCUUUUUUUCUUUACAAAGGAUGAUGCCUCCCAGGAAAAUAAUAUGCAAGCUGAAGUAACAGGUAAAUUAAAGCAGCACUUUAACAACACACUACCAAAACAGAAUAACCCAACCGCAGGGGUUUCUGUCAUCAUGGUAAGCAAAUGCAUCAUUUUUAUUAUUUUACUAAUCUACUAUCAGUCACCUGCCAGCUCCCCCAUACCACCCACCCUCAGAAAUGCCAUUAUGAAAUCCUUCCAUUGAAAAAGAGCAGUGAAUAAUUUUGGUUGUGUCUGUUUUCCCCCGUGCUGUGGAUGCAUUUUUAAGAACAACACUUUAAAAGGAGCUGCUGACGUUUUUUGUGUUUAAUAUUUUUUGUUUUAUAAUUGUGUAAUUUCACUUUAAGCAAACAGUUCAGACCUAUUUAAGUCAUCUGUUAUCUUUGUGUCCAGUCACAGAUAGCUUUCAGCUAUUCCACCUGUGCUCUAAAGAAUUUUUAUUUCAUAAAAUACAGCAUUUUGGCAAUGGUGUUCUUAAAGAUGCUACCUUAUGUUAGCGGCUUUUGUUUGCACUGCUACACAAAUAUGCAGCACCAAUAGACAUUGUUAUGCAGUAGGAAACCAAAGUCAUUUUAGGUUUGGGGAAAAUCCUAAGAUUUCUGGAAAGAAUUAUGGUGGUGCCUUAGCCUAUGGCCCUGUACUCACUUACCUCUAGGUAAAACCCUGUCAUCAUGGGUAAGCAAGAAGUAUAAGAUUGCCCUAUCAUUGUACAUUUGUAGCUACCUAUGUCAGCUUAUGAAUGACAGUUUAAAAAGUAGCAUUUUAUUUUAGAAUGAAAUACAGCAGUAGAAGGGGGGAAAUACUUUAGACUGAUGCUGUUGCUUGCAUUUCAUUUGACAGUUUGACUUGACAGUCUGAGGGGCCCCAGAACUUCAUACUUUGCAUUUUUGAGACUUAUGGAUAAACCUGAAGCAGAAACCUGGUAUAAAAUAUAUUAUUUAACAGAGUGAUUUUAAAUUCUAACUCUUAGCUGCUCGCAAGUUUGCACGCCUUUAAGCUUGCCUCCAGUAUAAUGCAGUUUCUGGCUUCUUAUUGGUGUGGAGUUUUCUAAUCCUCUGGCCUGAUGGUUUUGUUUCUAGCCAGUGAAACACACUGCAAACACUACUUACGGGUUUUCGUUGCCUUUUCUCCUUCCCUGCUGAUUAAACUGCUGCAAUACAACUGAGUAAAUAUGUAUAGGGUAGUGAGAAGAAUAUGGAGAUGUGUAGUGCUGACUAUAGUCACUUGCUGCAUUAAUUAAAGGGGAAGGAAAAAGCCAUGAUGAUUUUAGUAUUGAGGUGUAGAACGUAUACAAUAAUUUCCGUAGAUGUUCGAAGCCUACCUGUUUGGCUCCUCUUCUGAACUAAAUAGCCAACCUGUAAUCACAGGUUGGCUUGUACAUUACUAGGAAGUACAGGGAAAGUGCAUUUCUUCUGUUCAUGUUUCUGUGGCAAGGUUUGUAAGAGGAAUUUGGCAUCUCCUGUGUGGUGAAGCAUGUGUACACUUAGCUCAAGGGCAACUUGCUCAUCUUCCCACGAGAGGUGGUAGUGGUGGUGAAGGCAUACAUAAAUUACUUUUUAUCACACAACUGCAGAGGUGAACACAACUAGAAGGGUGUAUGUUUUUGAUUCUGACACACAUUUUCUUUUGGGCUUCCCAGUUACGUGCAAAGAUCCCCCCAGAACCUAUUGCCAGUAUUCUAGCAACUUGGUCCCAUUGUAUACUGUGAAUGAACCAUUUCUGUAUAUUUAUAUAAGAAAUCACAGCAUACAGGGGACAAACAGAGAUGAGGAGAGAUGCCAUAACAAAGUCGUCCUCGCUUUUUACUUUUAGUAUCUAUCUUUAUUUGUUAUUGAGCCCUAAGAAAAUACAUGUUUAGGGAAUGUGGUAAAAUCAUCUCCACAUCUGUUCAGCAAGCAUUCAUUUCCUGUGUUCUGCUGUAUACAGAAUUGUCUUAAUUCCAAUUUAUUUUCAGCUUUGCAUCACAAAACAGUUCUUUCACUGAGAUUUUGAGUUAAAGCAGACAUGGCCCUCAUGUGGUAGAAGAAUGAAAUUGCAUCUUUAAAAAAUACAAUAUGCUGUUUCCCCCUUGGAAUCUUAAGAUAUAAUGGGUUGUAUCCAAUGUCAGUCUGACUCGGGGUAGAGCCAUUUAAACUGAUAGACAUGACUAAUGACUACCUCGGGUCCAUUAAUUUCAGUGGGCACAUUCUGAGUAGGGACUAUCGUUGCAUUAAAACCAUUUACUUAACUAGUUCUAGUGCUACCUUUUAAUUUCAGAAUAGGGUUCUUUACGUUUAUAAAUGUUGCAAUACUAUUGGUUCUGCUUCAAGUAAGUCUAGUGUCUGUCCCUUGCUUUCUUCUUUUGCUUCCUCUCCCAAUGCCUGCAUUGCUUUCCUCUGAGUAGGUCCAAGGCAAUGGUAUGUACUAAUUACGAUGCUUUCUCGCUACAUUAAAAAUAUGUUCUUUUUUUAGUUUGAAAGAAAAGGAGAAGUAACCAGAUAGCAGUCUGAAGUGGGGAUGUCUGUUAAGUGAUGCAGAAGAGGCACAUGGCAAGCUUUCAUUGCAUUUAUAUGUUUGCGCCAUUUGUACCAUUUCAGCCAUGCAUGGUGUUUUGUGUCCUGUGUCUUGGGGUACAGAUUCUUUUUUAAAGUAGAACUUGUACUGUCUGCAGAAAGGGAAGAUAACGGCUCUCCCGGGAUGCUAUGUGUUGGAUUACUGAUCCAUAAUCCCCAAACUGCAUCACUACCACUGCCAACAUGGUCUCGUGGAUGUGCAUUUCUGUGGUCACCCUCAUAAAGCAGAUAGAAAUAACUAAACUUGUAUUUUGAGGCUGUUUAACACACUCAUGAGAAUGAAAGCUUUCCCAGGUGGUACCAUUUUAGGCUGCAAGUGUGUGGGGCAAGAUUGUAUGUUUGAAAUAUCUCCGCCCGCCCCCCCCCCCCCGCCCCAUUUCAUCUGGGACCUCGAUGGUCAUACGAAAUUUGUAUAUCAUGGGGGAAAGAUUCGUCUUAGCUUUCACCCUGUUGUGCUAGUUCUGAAUGUGAAGGAAUUCUUCUAGUUGUGGGAAUAACUACUCCCGCAUCAGAAGCCUGACGUGGAAGAGUUUAUGAAAAGCUUUACAGCUAGGUUCUGGUGACCUCCUUAGACGAUAACCACAGCUCCACAUUGUGUGGAGUGGUGGCAUUAAAACUAAUGCCCCAUUGAUUUCUAUUUCUCCUCUAAGCAUGGAUUUAACUCAGAGUGUCCUACUUGCUGCCUUAUUGAUUUAGGGUGUAUUCAUAGGAUGCAGUGUUUUCUGUACAACAAGUAUUCUCAGUUAUCCCCAGCUUCUUGUUCUGCCUAAUUUGUUUGUGCAAACACUGGCAUGGUCAAUAGCCAUUCCUGAUAUCCUUGUUGCUCAUUCUGCACCACUGUGAUUUCAGGAUUUGGUGGAGACUAUGUGAGCUUUAACCUGUGGAUGGUUGGAGCUGCUCACAUGAGGGGGGGGGGAGUAUAGUAUGUAGAAGAACACAACAUCUUUGUAAGCAUGCAUAUGUAGUCUUUGAAGUAGAAAUAAGUCUAGCAUUAAAAACUCAUGUUACUUUUAUAUCUUGUCCUAAAGCAUGUUAACCAAUUCUGGUUAAUGUGUCCUGAGCUAUAUGAGAAAACAAUACUGGUAAUGGUUACAUACCUAGAUAUUAAAUUGCAAGGGGACUGGGUAUGUAGAUGUUUAUCCACAUAGAAGUGCCUUGAUGCAAAUCAACAUCAGGGCUGCCAGUUACUUGCUAGUACAGCUAAAUCAGGGUCUGAGUGCUUAACAGGUGUUUUUACCCACCCCCCACCCCCCGGCCACACAUACAUGUUUUUUCCUCACCAGACUUGCAAAGGAGAAGCGGUUGUUUUUUUGUCGGGGGGGGGGGUGUUGUUUAAAGCAGCUCAUUAAAAUUAUCUCACUGGCAUUGCAAUGGCAUGUUGUUUUCAUGCAGUGCUUGUUCCUUAUGCGCUGGGUGUGAUGCAUGUGUGAAGCUAGUCUCCGAAACCAUCCACGCUAACCACAAAUUUACAAAAGCCUUCCAAUGUUACUUCUCCUUUUCUUCAGACUAAUGCAUGCAUCGAAAGAUGGGUUUAUUGUGUGCUGUCGAAUAUGAGAUUUGUAAUGGUUUAGUGAUGUGCGUUUGUUUUUUUAUUUCUUCAUUUAUUUGUAUUUUAGAACACAGCUCUAGAUAAAGAAAGACAAAUUUUCUGCAACAAGCGCUGUCAGGACUCUGGCCAAGCUGCUGUGGAUCAAACCACUAUGAUAAAUGCUGCAGCUCGUGAUCUUCCUGUGGUCGGGCUCAAAACUUUAUUUCCUGCUGCUUCUGAGCCACUCCAACUCUCUACGCACUCUGUCUCAUCAUGUCAUGAUGAUACUGCAGGAUUUUGAGACAAACUCUACUGAAGUCCAUUGCUAGGUCAGGAAUUUAUCCACUACUAUUCACAUGCCCUCACUACUGUAGUUUGUUCACAUCCGUCUGAAAGAGAGGUAGGUAGUAUGUACGUUAGCUUUUAGUACUUUGACCAUUAUAUUUGGGCUUUAUUUUCCCCCCCAAAAAAUAAUAAUAAUUAGUGUUAAAUAUAAUUUUGAACAUUUUGGGAUGUGAAUGAAUUGAUCUACUCUCGUGGUAAUCACAUGUUGAUAUACAAACUUCUACAUAGGAAGAACCACUAAAAGGCCUUGCCCACCAAACUCUGGUCUUUAUAAUAUAAAAUUGCCAGGGGUCAACAAUUGAAAAGCUGUAAUUUGUUUGUGUGACCUUACAAAGUUCAGUUCCAGAGUUAUUCUGGAAAGGCAAGACUGGUCCUAGUGGGCAAUCUACAAUACUGAAAGACAACCUGAGUGAAUGUGUGCAGGGUGAGGGGACUUGUUUUCAAAAUAUUGAAACUAAAGUUUAGAAAACAUGAACUUAAACUGUAUGGCAUUGAAUACGAAAGUAACGCAAUCAUGGGGCAAAUCAUUUUUCUCCCAUUAUUUUUUUGGUAUGAAGACUGCAGCCAACAAAGCAUUUUUAAGCCGUUGUUGUUGGUUCUGCACCAAUUCCCUCCUGGCAUUGAUAAACACUACCACAAAUUGUCUGGAAUAGAACGCUGCUGCAUGUCGCAUUACCUAAAUGGAGCCAUAUAUUCAAAGCAAGCCAACUAAAACAAUGAUCUACUUGGCCAACGACACAGAAUACUUUGGCCAUUUUAUUUUUUUCAUUAGCCCACUCUGUAUAACUUCAGGAAAAGCGGAACUAUUUGGGAGCAGUUAUGCUAAAUGUGCAGUCAAGGUAGAUGGAUCUUUUAUCUUAAUGAUCUUUUAUCUUAAUGCUUGUUUCAAUAUUGUAUGUACUCUUGCUUACUUCCCUUUUGCUCCUUUUUAACAAUUCUGAAUCAUUUUCUAUUAGCC